ACCACUCAAAUGUGGAGUAGAAAACGGACAGUCGCUGGAGAGCAACGAGUAGGAGAGACGGAGGUGUAAAAACAGUGAAAUGGUGUAAAACCCGAGCGAGUCUAACCCGAGUCAGGGGACGAACGAGGAGGAACGCCGCAGGAGGAUUAUUUUCAGUCUCAUUGUCACUAAAGUCAGUUAACUCCCGCUUUUUGAUGCUGUCCUCACGGAGGUUUGAGCCAAUAACGGACUUAUUGGUCGGCUGAACCAUGCAGAGGCUGCUGCUCCUGAGUUUGGUGUUGAGUUUUCAAACUGGUAAGACUUCAUUUCUCUUCUUUUAAGCACAUACAAAUCUGUGACAAUGUUAUAAAAAAUGAUUUAGUUUAAAACUACAGAGGUUGUGAAACACACUGAGCACUCUGUGUGCUGGUAUGCCUUUAGAAACGUGUGUGUGUCGGAGAGGAGAAAAGAAAGCCGUAAAACAUGAUUUCAUAGCAUUCCCAUAUGAACCGCAGUAAUGGAUCACCUUAGGCGUGUGUGCGCGCGCGUGUGCACGCACGUGCAGCUACGUGUGAGAGAUUGAGUGCGCGUGUGUGCCUGCUUGUUCACACCGCAGUAACGCUUUACCUCACUUUUUAUCACCAUUGUCGCGCGCCUCUGUGAAGAAUAUAUGCGUUUUUGUGGCGCGUGCGUUUGCCCAAGUUGAACAUGACGCACGCGCACACCGGCCGAAAUGACCUUUUACUGACAAACCCCCCUGUACCGUUAUUCAGACGGGCCGUGGUGAGGCGCUGAGGACGUGACGGGAAUGACAGUGAUUGACCAGCGCUGCUCUACAUGCCAGCAGCACUACCUCGCUGCUAUCGCGUCUGAAUGGCUUGUCAGUCAAUGAGACCAUUGCUACCAGUAGUGAUCCUGUAGUGACUGAUGGCCCAUGAACCUCUCCCUGCAUCUCACCCCUCUCACACCCCUCUGCUGCUCCUGUCCUGGUGUCCUACCUGUGUGCUUGACACAAAGCCCACUUUACUCUCACUGUUGCCUUCCUGCAUGCAUUUCAUCAGCACAAUAAGCUGCAGCAGCAGCAGCAGCACCCAUGCAUCUUUUCCCCCUCCAUACCUGUGGGGUGCCAGGUAGGCUAUUGGCUUAGGAUAAUCACAGCUGUGGCUGAGUUGCUGGGAGACAGGAGGCUGAGAGAGGAGGAGGAGGAUGAGGAUGAGAGAGGAGGUUAGAUUCUAUAGCCUACCUGUUUGAUCGAAACAUAUCUGUGUGUCGUAAAUGUGCAACCCCCCCUUCCCCCCCUUUUGUCUACCUUGACUGACUGGGAGCGCGCGCGGCUAUCUGCUGGCCGGACCAGUAGACCACUUCAUCAUAGGUAGGGGGCGUGUUCGGGGAAGGGAAGGUAUGGAAAAGGAUGAUGUCACCGUGUCUGCCUGGCUUUGUGUCGCUCAGCCGGGCUCGCAGUGUUCAGCAUCCACCCUUAGUGAGCUGCUGAGGGUUCAGGCUGAGUAAAAAAGAAUUUUCUACAGAGAGAAAAGAGCAGAUUUGCUCCUCAUCAGGCGCUCAAAGAGUCACCUUGUAACACUAUGUGAAAAAUGUCGAAACAUAAAAACACAUUCCCUCUCCGCUUAUUCCAUCAAGACCCCUGUCACUAACACAUGUCACAUUUUCCCACUCAUAAAUAGUCAAGUCCAUAGUAAUACACACCUACAAAUAUGUAUAGACACGCAUACAACCUACUUACAUGAGUGCAGCCAUGUGCACUAUUGUCUGAUGCUGUGCUGUUACAACUGUAAAAUCCAUUGUUACUUCAUCUUGGACGCUCACACAUUCACAAAGAUAUUUACUAUCAAAGGCUUUCCUGGAGACAAGAUUAGCAGGCUGUUAUUGCGGCUGCUGUUCUACAGUAAGAUUUAAAUGAUGUAAUACACAGAAGAUCUCAAAUGUUGCACUGAAGGUUUUUACAUAAGAGUGGUAAACAUAAUCCCAAGUGCAGAGAUGAAUCUCGCCCCAAAAGAGAGAGGAUUUUUCCAAGGAGCUUUCAGACUCUUAUCUUUUCAUUAGACAAGUAAAACAGUAUUUCAUGGCCUGCAAUUUGCACACAUGUAAUUGCCUACUAGUGCUAAUGAUUGGAUGGUUAUUAGUGCAGUAGCUAAUUAAAGCUUUGGUGAAUCUGAAUGUUUGUAAGUUGUUCAGAUUCAGUGAUACAGUUGCAGCCAGGACAAAGUACAGUCUAUCUGGAUGGAUUGAUUUAGUAUCCCAGCCUUGUAUCUACACACCAGCCUGGUAAUAAGUCCCAAGCAGGCGCCACCAUUAACGCAGCUGUUAAAUGUUACUGCAUAAUCAAUCACUGCAAACACUCUCCUUUCACUUCCUAAUGAGCAGGGGAGCCUUGAGGUUGGACUUGCAAUGCUGCACCUAUAGCCCAGACUCAAAUGCUGACUCGGACAAAGGCUCAGAUGCAGGUGUACCAUUUGUCAGCCUCUGUCCUUUUGUGCGGACCGAGGCCACGAGCUGCUGCUGCCGCCUUGUACUGUACGCUCAGGCUCUGAAUCACACAGCCGAGACGUGAAUCAUAGACCUCAGACAAAUUCCUGUGUUGAGCUCUGCAAAGGAAAUAUUCAGAUGUUGCAAGAGUCAGACACAUUGGAGGGGCUUUCAAACCCAGAAAAAAUAUAUCCUCAAGGGGUCUUGGAUCAAGAAGGUAGUGGAUCUACUAUUAUAUGUUUAAUGACUCAGAAGUGAGCUGUAACAGUUCAAAUAACAAUGAAAAAUAAGAGGACACUCAUUCAGCACAGUAAAAACUGCUUAUUUUCUGGUAAAAUGUGUGAUAUUUAAAGAAAAACAAAAUCCAAUAUCUGUACUCUCAUAAUCUGUGACUCUGAAUAUAUUCCAAAUUCCAUUAUCUGUGGGAGAACCCUCCACACUCUCUGUGUUAUUUGUUUUAUGUUUUAGACAUAAAGAACUUUUCUUUUAGCCUUAACUAAUCCCAUAAAGCCAGGACCUUUGCUCCACAAGGCCUGUGCAGAUCUGGUGAAGUUGAGCCAAUAAACUUGGUCACAGAAGAAUAAGGACUGUACUAACCACAAAGUAUGCACUAGGGGGAACUUUUUUUCCUUUCAGAUAAAAGCUAUUUAAUCAAGACAUAAGCAGUAAUUUGGUACUGCGGCUGGAAAAGACAAAAAUGCCAACAAAAGGAACUUAAUUGUCAAGAUCCUCAACUGGGUUAUUCUUUAUAAUGCUAUUCAUAGCCUUUCUGAAAGCAAUUAUUUCAAGGCAAAGGUCGAGGAAGUAAUGCAAAAAUUUGGUGAAUAAGAAACACUGGGCCUCCUCCUUUUUGAAAGCAUCCAGAGAGAAUAUUUGUUGUGAUUUGGCACUUUACAAACUAAAGUUUAAUAUUGAUGAAUAACUUUUUUGGCUAUCUAAAAACUAAGCUGUGUCCUUAACCAGUGUGACCAGUAUACCAGUGUGAAAUGCAAAGAGAGGUAUUGGUUAUGUUGCUGUAAAUUGCAGAGGCUGGUGCUCAAAGAGGCAAGGAUGCCAGAGCAUGCAGUGAUGAAGAAAGUCCUGCCACUUUUGAACACCAUUGCCCCUAAUUAGCUCAUAAUCUUGCAUUUAAAGAAAAUAUUGGGAGCUAAUGCAUGUGCAAGCUAAAGCUAAUGUCCUAGCAGGGUCUUUUUGUACCUCAUCACAACCUCUGCUAAGCCUAGCCGCUGUACUAGUAGCUAGCAGAAUAGCAAAACCAGAGAGUACGAGGAAGAGCACGAUAACCAGAGGACAUGGCUAAAAGCAGUUCUAGUGGCAGGGUUCAAGAAUAGAGCUGUCACUUUUUUCUCUAAAAUUCAAGCCUUCAUUCAAGCUUAAGGGGAAUAGUUUAAAUUCAAACUGCAAUGAGCCAUCCAAGCUCAUAAUAAUACAUUAAAAUAGCGCAUCAGGCCGCCUGAAGUGGCUUCCUGUAUGAUCCAUCCGAGGGCACUGUCAUUGUCAUCUAGCCAGUCUAUGCACUCUUAUGCUAAGUAACCUAUUACAGUGGAGGACCUGGUCAACAAAGCAGGUUCGGCACAAGGCUGUUACUAACAAGAUUACAAAAUUUCAAUCUAUCCGAACAUUUACACAUCAUGCUGGAGAUACAUUCAAGGUUGAUUUUUUUAAAACUGUCUGCCCGAGCGCAGUGGGAGGUCUCUAAAAUCUGACUGCUUUAUAAGUACUGGUGGUACAACUAAUAUUCUGGAUUUUUGGCGCUUACUUUAAACCAGUCAUUUCAGUGUGCAUCAUGGCUGCUGUGUGUUCCCUACAAAAGUUUGAACAGUUUGCUGUACAUGUUUUCAAAAUUAACAUGGUGCAAUCACAGUUUGUAGUAUGCACAUGGAAGGUAGGAGCAGGAUAGGUGUAUGUUAAGGAGAUAUGACAGUAAACAGCCAAGCUACAGCUGCAGGAACAACAAUGGCAGAAAGACAACCUUAAAGACCAAAGCCUUGCUGACACAAGAACAGACAUCCACAAGGGGUGGGAAUCACCAGUGGUCCCACAAUACGGUAUUCUCAUGAUACUUGGGCCAGGAUACGAUAUUAAUGCAAUUUUUAACAUUUUGCAAUACAGUGAUUAUUACGAUACAAUAUAUUGCUAUUUAUAUAAUGUUUUUCAACUGUUUAGCUAAUUUGACAUUUGUCUUUACUUAAUGUUUGUCUUGUUAAUGCUGUAUUUUAUUGUCAUGUAGCACAUCUUGCAAACCUUAUAUAUAUUUGUUGCACUAACUUUCUCCUGCUCUAUGAUGUCACCUCUUCCAACCUCACUGGACAAACAGUUGAUUGUAUUUUUCCAUUAUUAUAGAUUUGACUUCAUAUUUGCAAUUGAUUUGAAAAAUCCGUAAGUGAUGAGUGAGAUGACAUGAUGUUACCAGACAAAAUAUUUUGAUACUAUGCUGUAUUGAUUUUUUCUCCUCCUAACGUCCACAUGACAACGCUAAGUAAUCAAUCUGUAUGUCAUGAUUUGCAGUUGCAUUAAAACUUUGUAAUGAACUGCUAAAGAACCCUACACACCUGCAUAUAAAGGUGUUCAUCACCUGGUUUGUUUUCAUGGUUUUCACUGAGAGAAAAUCAGCCAAAAAUACAUCUGUAUCUUAACAUUUUCUGUAGAAUACUUUAUGUGGUAACGCUCGAUCAAGUAUGUAAUUAUUUGCAUCAGCACAACAUGUCACUAUCACUGCACAUUGACAAACAUGCCUGUCAAAAUUGACGGCAAGAGACAAGUCCAAGCUGCAAAGCUAAAUAAUGGAAACAAGUGCAGGAGUGUUGCAUGUGAGCACGGAGCAAAAUGAUGGUCAUCAGUCCACCUGUCAUCAGCUGCCUGAGCUGAAUCAGGAAAUUGUCAACCAGACCACUGAAAUGUAACAAUAACCUCUGUGAGACUCUGCUGUGUAUCUUGCUUUGAUCAGGCAAACACAAUGGUUUGCAUAUGGCCUGAGCACCCCAGUGUGCCCUCUGAAGGGAUCCUCCUAGUAGAAAGUUUGCUGUGUGAACAACAACGCUCAUGAUAUGGAUGGCUGUGCACAGCAAUGCAAGUGUAUCUCCAGCUUGAAGAUCUCUGCCGUGGUGCAGUCGUGAAUCCUUUGCAGCCCCUAUAGUGCAGAUCCGGAGCAACAUAUGUAGAGAGGCAGACGUCUGCUUUUAAUUUUGAUCCCAGUGAGCGGUAUAUGGCACUGAAGUGUCCUACCUUCAGGUUAACAUGUAAAUUCAGGUCAUGUUUGUAAUUUUUUUUGUUUGCUUUUAAUGGGAUCUGAAUGAAGCCCUUUUUUUGAACUGAAAUAGCAUCCCUAAUUGACACUGGCCUCUGAAAGCAAUCACUGAACCAGUUGUAAAGCUUAAUCUGGGAAUGGGGCCCAUAAUGUUAUGAUAUACAUCUGCGGCUGUUGUUCUCCACUGGGCUCUGUUCAAUCAACAAAUUCUUUGCAUUUCUAUCCCGGCGGGUGUCGGUCAAAGUGCGACAUGUUGAUUGCUCCUCUAACUUCAUACGUUUGUUUAAAGGCAUUCCUCUGGACGAAUGUCCCGUUGUGCUUUUGGAAAAUGGUGCAUGCAGCAAAAGAAAAAAGAAGCUCCAGCAGAAAGUUGAAUGAGCGCGGAAGAGUUGAGUCAGAUAAAUCAUUAUCAAACUUGUGGUCAGAGGUAAAUUCAGUCAAAAAAGUGUGCAAAAUUCCUUUCAGCAUCCCCAACAGCUACACAAACACUUCCCAAAUGCAGCCCAAGGAUUAAAAGGCCUUGUAGUCUGAUUGUGUUUGACAGGCCGGGGGCAUCCAAGUUAUAAAAAGAAGAAGGCAAAAAAAAACAUCCCCUUAAAAUUGUUUCUUUAUGCAGAGUCCCCCGAGCAAGAGAGGAACACUUUAUCACAUCUGACUGAAUCUAUUGGCCUUGUUUUCCCAAACUGCAUGGCCACAUUCUACAGGGACAACCAGUUUUGGGUAGCAAGGAGAGGAGAGGUGGGGGGGUUGGGAUUGGUUACAGCAAAAGCUGUUUUGGGGGUGAAGGCGGGUGGACAAAGAGGGUAGUCUUGCGGGCAGGUGGGUGAAGCCUGAUUGAGAGUGAUUGGACUUUUUUUGUUUGUUUAGAGGUGAUGAGUUGGGGGGGGCAGUGUUGUGGUGCGGGAGGAGGGUGUGCUGGGUGAAAAGAAAAAGAGAGCUACAAGAGAGAAGCGAGGGACGUGGAUGAAGGAGGAGGGGGAGUGGUAGGGAGGCCAGUGGCAGAGAGAAAGGGACUAUUACUCAGGCUUGACUGCUCCCUCAGUGGGGACGGUGAAGCGGCUCAUUCAGAUAGAAUAUGGUCGAGGCCAGUUCAAAGGCGACAUUGCGCAGGAAUCAGGACUGAUUGAACCUCUAACUGUAGAGCUAGCAGUGCUCCUCCUCUGCUUCAUUUCUUGCAAGGUUAAUUGGCAUUAAUUGGUGUUGAUGUAAACUUACUUUAAGCGCAUUUAGGUCUCUUUCUAAACAUAGACCUUUUCCUCCUCAUCCAAGUUCAUCUUCUGCCUGUGCCUUCCUGGAAUAUUUGUUCAGUUUGCCCUCUUUGUCUUUGUCCCAACCCUGCCCAGUCCCACCUCAGGUUGUUUGGCAUCAAUCUGAGUUGCUGUUUACCAUCUUUUUUACAUAUUUGGGUCCUUCUUCCAAAUAAGAUUUGUAUCAGAGUAAUUCUAGUCUCCUUUUUACUCUUCCUUGACCUUUCACUGGUUGCAGCCCUUCCCUGUCUCCAUCAAAGUUUGCCAACAUAUCGUGAUUUUGUUAACUUUCAUUUUAGCGCAUUUGGGUCCCUUUUGCCACACAAGCCUGUUUCUGCUUCCCAAAGGUCAUCUUUUCACAACACGUUCCUGGAUUUGCCCUCUUGUCUUUGUCCUUGUCUUUGUCCAUCAUCAAUCUGGCUUACUUCAGUCCAUUUGCUAUUUUACCAUGAGUGUAAAAGGGUCCUUUGUCUCAAGUAUUAAAAAUUAUUUAUUUUAGUUAGGGCUGUCACAACACCUCAUGAUUAUCGUAGCCAAAAUAUUUAAGACCACGAUGUCCUCUGACCUGAUUUGCGCUGAAGUAGUAGCCAGACACUGUGGUAAAGGCUAUCUAGCUAACUGGUUAGUCAAUAGUUUGUAAGUUGCACAUUAAAUGUGAGCUACGGUUUAGAAUUAGAUUUACCUGUUUUGUCACUUAUUAAAACAACAAACAAACAUGUUGGUGAGAGAAAAACAGAUUGUGUGCUGUACUGUGAAAUCAUGGACAACUUUGUAGCUCUUCACCUUUUGUACUCUUUCAUGCUCUACCCUUUACGUCUGCUUAUAGUUCUAUCUUGUUUACUUUUUACUUGCACUUUCAUAUCGUCAGUUUUCGCCCAUGGGUAGCUCAACAGUUCAGGUAAGGCCUGAACCCCCCCCCCCUCCCAAAUGCCAUUCCUUGGACUCUGUUCUCCAGAAUUUCCCUUUAGGAAACCAAAAAGUUCUUCUUCUUCUUCAUCCUUUUCUUCUUCGUCUUCUUUUUUUUUUCUUGUACUUCUUGUACUUCUUUUUCUGUCUUCUUCUACUUCCUUUUCUUCUUCGUUUUCUACGUCUUCUUCUUUCACUCCUUUUUGUACUUCUACUUCUUCUUCUUCUUCCAUUUCUUCUACUUCCAUUUCUUCUACUUCUUCUUCAAUAAAGGGCUUUUUUGUGCUGACACUGUUAUGAACCAUUACUGCCACCUGCUUUUUUCCAGUAAGUUACAGGUUAGAACUGUAUGCUUAUUAAUUCACAGUACUGAUUAUUUGUCUGUAAAGAUGGUAAUCAUCAAUACCAGUAAACUGCAACAGCCCAAGUUUAUUCAAUCAUCUUCUGUCCAAUCUUUCCUUGAAUUUGUUGCUCCAGUGUAAACCUUUUUUUAUUGCCCCCUAUCCUUUUCUGUCCCUCUAGAGGUUAAUUGGCAGAAAUUGGCGCCUUUGGGUCCAUCUCCAAAUGGUUAGGCUUAUAUUUCCUCCAGCUAAAGUUCAUCCUUUUUUUUGUCUCUUCGUGGAUUUUCAUCAUUCAGAUCCUUUUUUUCCCCCUCUCUUGCCCACUUCCCGCAGAACUUAACUGGCGAUACUAUGUGAGUCCCUCUGUCGUGAUCUGCUCUUCUGUUUGCCAUAGUUUGGUCACUUCCUCUUACUUUCCCUUCACAGACUAUUUUGGCCUUCUGACCUUUUUUUCUUUUCCCAGCCUAUCGAGGUCAAUUGGCAUACAUUCUUGUUGUUGUGAAUUUUUUCUGUGUAUGGCUUCCUCUUGCAAUAAGAGCUGUCUGCUUACCAAGUUUGAUUUCUUACUCUCUCUUUGCCCCCCUUUCCCCUUAAGGUUAAUGUGCACCAACAAGAGUUGCUUUUAGCUUUCUUUAUUCUGCGUUUGGGUCCCUCUCUCAGCGUUAGCCUUUUCUGCUUACUGGAGUUCAUUCCUUUCCUCUGAGUGUCCCCCUUGGACUUUUUAUUCUUCAAAUUAGACUCUUUUUUUUCCUCUGCCCACCCCUAUGCCCUCUUUUUGCCAAGGUUAAUUGGCGUUAUAAGUGUCGCUGUUAACUUUUGUUUUGGCGCAUUUGUGUCUCUCUCCCAACAUGAGCCUUUUCUGCUUAGCAAAGUUCAUUCCUUUCCCCUCUCUGUCCCCUCCUGGACUGCUUUUUUUCUUCAAUCUGACUCUUUUUUCUACGAACCCCCCUCCUCUCUCAACCCUCUUACCCCACCACCACAUCCAUUACUUCUCCUUCUCUUUCCAUCUACCCCUUUCUCUCUCUUGCUCUCUAAUAAGUUCCAGAUGUGGUUCCUGCAUUCCUCUGGUCGGUGGAGAGAGAAAGAGAUGAGGGGAGGGGAGGGGAGGGAGGUGGUAUGAGUCGGGGGGGGGAGGGGACAGGAGGAGAGCACAUGAAUUAAAACAGGGAGCGCAUGAUGAGGAAGAAGAGCCUGUGUACUGUAAUGUACACACUUGUACACUAAUGUGUGCUGGAGAACACACUUAAGUAAAGAGAGGAAGAAUGGAUGCAUUUGUAUGUGCAUGUGAUUUAAAGGAGAUGGGGGAGGGGGGAUGUCGGUCCUGUAACCUCAAAAGUUUUGGGACAUUCUCCUCCCCCCUCCCUCCUCCUCCUCUCCCCUCCCUCCCUCCCCCUCCCUCCGCAGGAAUGUGGCUGACGCUGAUGAUGUCACUUCAUUUCUCUGCUCUCCCAGUUUCUGGUCCUCUACAGGGACAGGGCCGAGUGAGGGAGAGUGGGGGAGAUAUCCAACUUGCUUCAUCCAUCUUCCCUUUACGAUAACAACAUUAGGGUCAGCAGUCCAACUGAAUCUGUUACCACAGUACUGCAUCGCUCGCCGUCCCCUCGCCAUGUAGUAUAACAGCCUGCAGGCUAAAUUGUUGCCGACUACAAAUAAUGACUGAGGCAUCUCAUAGUAGUAAGUAAUCAUUAAUGGCCUUGAAGUCCGGUCAUUAAAACCAUUUCGUGUAGAUGUUAAGACUGCCUCUGCCGACCAAAUCUGAUACCCCUGAGGCCAUGCUUACCUUAAAUCAGCUGUCCUAUAUUUUAAGUUCCUGAUUGGCCUAUUUUACAUCGUAGCAUGUCGUGUCCACUCCUCUGGUCUCAGAUAGUUUCAGAUUUCCGCUCUGCUGCAAGAGUUUCAGUGAGGUCAAACAAAAUGUAUGUUUACCAGUAAGAGUCAGUCAAAGAGCUGAAAGAAGAACUGAAUUACAUAAACAUAUGAGGCACACAGUAUGAAUUGUUGUAAGUUGUUGCUUGAGCAAUUUUAAUUCAACAAUGGUGAAUAUUAUGAAGCUAAAAGGUAGUCCUGAGAGAUUACAAAUGAAUGAUGUACUCACCAUUUUUUGCACAUUUGAUUCAGUUCUUCUGAUUUAUUUCAUCAUCUCAUGUAAGCACUGGAAAGCAGCAGAUCACACUCCUUGUAAACUAUUGGUACAAAAUGUUCUUUUUGAAUAGUUUUAAGUAAAUUGAACUAGUGCUACUGACGUUGGGUAAAAAGACCUAGGACACCAAAAUUGGAUAAACCAAUUAUUUAUGGACCUGUCCUUGGUUAUGUGGGGUAUUGUCCUGUUGAAAUAGGAACAGGCCUUCCCAAAAGUAAUGAAAGCAGGCAAUUAGCUGUGUCCCAAUUCAAGGGCUGCAUCCUUCGAAGGCUGCAUUUGAAGACUGAUGUGUCAUCAGCACCUAUCUCACCACCUCGGCAUCAACAGCUCCCUCCUGGUGUCAGUCCUAUCUUUCAAAUAGAAAACUAUCCAUCAGCAACUACCACAUCACCCCAGCCUCAGUCAACAGUGGUGGUCCUCAAGGCUUUGUGCUUAGACCCCCUCUUCUUCAGUAUCAACAUGCUUACCUCAACACAGUCUCAACUUCCACUGUUUCGCAGAUGACACACAGCUCUACAUCUAGCCUCUCCCUACCCCCUGGUUACCUGUUACCACAACAUAAAAACAUGGAUUUUACGCAUAGACUGUAUUAAAUGGACGUCUGCCUCUUUGCUGGUUGAAGCCACCCUGAGAACAGCACCUUCUGGUGACGGGCUGUAGUAGUGCUGGGCGAUUGGACGAUAGAUAUCGUGGGCACGAUAGAAAAUGUCUAUCGUGCCAUUUUUAUUUUUAUCGUUUCGGGCGAUAGGCUGUAUUUUAUCCAUAGGGCUUGUGCCAUCAGAUGAUUCAUAGUAACAACAACAAUAAUUGCACAUUCAGUAAGUGUAUUUGGUGUCAAACGGGAAAGAAAACAAUAUUUCCUUACAAAGAAAAGGAUGCGUUGACAUGUAGGCUCGCAUUUCUCUUUCGAUUUUGCGACAUGACACCGCUUUACGUGCCCUCUUUGUGUCCAGCGUCUCCCGCCGUUGCGGGUUACCUGGGUUACAUACGUGAGGGGAUCAUUGUAAGGGUGCUUAAUUUGUGCCGGAGCAAGUCGGAGCGCGAUCCGGGACCUCUUUUGAUCGGAUCCGGGACCUAUUUCAGCCGCUCCGGCACCUGUUUUAUGUGCUCCGGGACCUUCCCUGUAGAGGAUGACAUUUUUCGGGGAUUCCCCGUGGGUCAGGUGAUUCCCGCGGGAUGGGAGUCAUUUUUUAAUUAAUCCCUUGAUCGGGACGGGACGGGAAAAAAGCAACGGGAGUGGGCAGGAGCGGGAACAUUAAUAGAUGAUCAUUUUCAGCCGUGUUUAACAACCAGAUGAACAGGUGCGUCCAUUUUUGUAGUCAUCUCUCAGUGAGAGCUAACACUCUUGACCGCGCUAGCAACACAAAAGAACUACAACAGUGGUUUGACUUCCUGUCAGCUGGGAGCGCGGCUGCGCAUUUCUACCCUUCAAGCCAGCAGCGAGGAAACGUAAUUUUGUGACAUUCUGUAGUUUUUCAAUCAUUUCUGGAGUCGUGGCGAAUCAAAUCACCUUACCUGUCUGCCCCUGAUAGGCGAAUAAAGCGCUCGGAUUCAUGCUCGGGUCUUCCUACGUGCUUCAAGAGUAAAGUAAACAAUGAUGGAAGCAGAGAGCAGCUUUGGAGGAGAAACAUCCAGCAGUGUGAACAACCUCUUCAAAAGAGCCCUAAAGACCUACCUUUUUAAUAAAGUCUUUGGUUAGUUUUCCUCUAUGCUUUAUGCUUUUACUACCUUGCCUCUUACAUUGCAACUCUAUAUUUUUUAUUUUUUUAAUUCUUUUUUUUAUGCCAAUCUGUGACUGUCAUUCUAUUGCUUUUUUAUUGUUGCUGCUCUUUUUUUACUGUGUACUGUAGCACUUUGAGAUUUUUUGUAAAUGUAAAGUGCAUUACAAAUUAAAUUUAUUAUUAUUAUUAUUAUUAUUAUUAUUAUUAUUACUAUUAUUAUUAUGGAGUGCUUUGGCUCACACUAUCGGCGUUUUCUGUGAGUGUUGCAUAACUUUGGGUGAGCACAGACAUGAACGCACUUCAGCCACGUAUUUAUUUAUUCAUUUUUCUAGUUUUAAGUGCUGGUCUUGUACAGGUACUAGUGCAGCUGUAUACACUUAAAUUUUUCAUAGAACUGAAAGCAUACCAUAGCUAUAUCGUGAUAUAUAUCGUUAUCGUGAUAUAAAAUGAUCCAUAUCGUGAUAUACAUUUUUUUCCAUAUCGCCCAGCACUAGGCUGUAGUAUAUGUAGGUCAUAAAUCCCACCUCCCCCAGCAAUACCUUUGGAGCUGUGGACAAACUUAAGAGUUUAAUUACACAGAACAUACAUUUUUUUCCAAGUUGCACCUUGACAAGUUAUUAGGGGGUUCAUGUUUGCUAUGAUUGACACUUGAUACAGCUGAUGGGUGUACGAAGAUUGUGUAGCUAACCCGGGGGAUACGCUGUUUGAGCGGAGUGUCAUCACAGCAACCCUCUGCGACUCUCCUGCCGAAUGCGUACAAUACUACUGUGCAAUGGUGGUUCCAGGAAGUGGAGAAAAUCCCAGAAAUACCAAGAGCAAUUCGGCUUCAAAUUCAAUGAAUAAUGACAGAAGGCGGAGCCAAAUUGUCCAUAGUGUAUACAGUCUAUGAUUUCACACCUUUUUUUCAAAUUUAACAACAAUAAAACUGAACUCAUUGGUGGUUGUCUUUUGCUAUAUUGUUUUACUACCCACUAUCAACUAACUCUAUGGAGAUAAAGUUGUUUGUUGUUAAACUGGCAUACUUGACCAGAGCAACCUGCAUCUGCAUGCUAGCCUGCAAAGAGGACUAACUAAAGGACUAAUUUAAAUUACACAUAAUCUAUAAUUCCAUGUUUAGUGAUAGUAAAUGAAAUGUGCUCAGUUUUGGACCCCCCCGCCCCCCAUGAAUGUCAUGAUUUUCAUUCAUGAAAAGUACAUUAGCUGCUUUGGUAUUACAGCAAAUUUCUCAAACAAUUAAAACCAACAAGCCCGCACCACGAGAAGGUUAACAGACUUUCACUGAUGUAUUUCUAGUCAUGUAAAGCAUAAACCACAAUCCAUAUUCAUAAAAAGCAUGGCUUUAAAAAAAAAAAAAAAUUGCACCCCAUGUAAAAGCAUGAUGCAAUGCUCCUCAUUCAAUAGGCAAUCUGCACUGUUUUUCUUCUGCUUUGUAAAGGCUUAUAAAUUGAAUGUCUACAAAGCUGAUUUGUUGCUUUGCUUUCUAGUCAUUGCUCUCAACAAAGAAGCGUCCUCUUUGAAGAGACAGCACACAGUGGCAGUGGUGCUAGUGAAGGCCUCUGAAUGAAUAUUGCUCCACUGUAAGAGGUCAAGGCCCCAGGCCUUUAUUGGACGGUUUGUGACAGAUGACAUUGCAAGAAGCUACAGAACAUACCAAUAAAAUUAGAUUACACUGGAUUGAAUUAAAGCAGACCUUGGAGGGGGUGAUUUAUCGACGCGAUGCUGCUUGUAAAACAGUCCUGCUGGAUUCCAUUACCAUGCUGUACUGUAACGAGAGGUGGAUUGGUGGGCCAUCUCCAAACUGUCACAGCUCACACAGCUGAUGGUAAGCAUGUUUACUCGCUCAAUCACGUGGAUUGUGGUGGCUGAGUAGCUUUAGGAAUGGGUCACUGCCCAAAAUCAAUGGGGGACCACUGCCGUGAAUUAUUGAUUCAUUAUGAUAUCGAUUGUGCCAGUUGGAUCGUCUUUGGCGACCCCUGCGCUACAAACUAUGCAGCACACUGCUGCAGAGAAGCAGCUUGAUAUGCAUGUAUCCCCUUGUUCGAGCUGAUCCAGAGGACGGCUAUUGUUAGUGCUGGUCACCCUUGGUUACAGCAGAGGAUUCUUUGUCAGCCGCUCGGCGUGUUGGCCGCACAAAGGCUCGUGGAUUACCAGCGGCGGGCCUGCUUUCCAGCGCCUGAGCAUAUUCAUGCACCCGUAAUGUGUCAGAUGCCUCGUCCAUGAAUUAUCAUAUUACCCACCACUGAUCCUGGGGUUGCCAUGGCCACAGUGUCUGUCAUUGUGUCAGUGGUCCUUGCUGGCUGUAGCCAUGGUAACAAUGUCUGUAACAGCGGUUUGGUACAAAUAAAGCUCUUCAGACGUGAAAUACGUGUAUGAGAGGAGCCCCAGAGACUGAUAGGUGGCACCCACCGCCUGCACUAACACACAUUUAUAGAAAACGCACACCUUCACAGGAGCAUAUGCACUCUCAUUCACGCUGUAUAAUGAAAAUGGGCAGACAAAGCGCAGGAGCCUUUUUCCUCCCGCCAUUUCCAAAUAAACCUGUUUCCACAGCAACCAUUUUGAUAGUAAAGGAGAGAGAGAUUGAGAGGGAGGACUGUCAGAGGGAAAGAGAGGCUGACAUGCCUCUGAGACGUAGUCCAAGAGGGGUGGUAGGUGAAGGUAAGAAGGAGGAGUGAUCAUUUUUAAGUGGAUGCUUGACAGACAAAUGAAGUGAAUGGGAAAUGAGAAGGGGGCAAGGCCACAAAGGAGGUAAAGAAAGAAAGAGGUCGCUGACUGCAAGUAAGGGGGAGGACGGGAAGGUAAGACAACAGAGGAAGGGAACGAGCAGGCGGACAAUGCAGCAAACAAAGGAAGGAGUCUCUGCGUCUUUCUCUCAGUCUUCCCUCUCUCCUGGUCUUCCCUCUACUCUCUCCCAACCUCCAGGAGUCACCUUUGUGUUUGAGUGACACGGUGUCAGCGCACUCAGUGGGUCGCCUCCUUUCACUCCAUGUCUCUCUUCAUCUAUGUCUCUUGCUUCUUCUUAUAGCGCUGUCACCAUGGUAACAUGUUAUUAUGGCCAUGGUGCAGGCGGCCAUGUUGAGAGAAAGCAGGCACAGGUGGUAGAGUUCCCACAGAUGAAUAGAGGGAGAAACGGGGUGCACUCCAGAACUGCAGGGAAACUCCUCACAGAUGAAAUGAAUGGUUUGAUUAUUGACUUAAAAAUAACUCUUAGCGCAGUUUGAUUAGAAGUUUAGACAGUCCUGAAAUUUUCUAGAAAUUUUAGGGAGCUUGCCCUCUAAAUUUUCCAGAGGUGCUUUUGUACAUGUCCCACAAAGUGAUAGUCUCCCUUGUCAGACCAGAAGAGUGAUGGGCAGGAAGCUUUAGGGUAUAUGAGAUAUAAAGCACAACAGAGGACAGUGUAAUCUUUCCAACAUGAUGGUUACAAAGCAACAGAAACCUAAAUUUUUAAAUCAGCACUACAUGCAGACAAAUGUUGCUUUUCUCAGCUUGUUAGUGAUUGUCCUUUUUUCAAACUGCAGUAUUUUAUUCAUCCUGAUGCCUUUUGCUCAAUUGCAUCCAUCAGGUUUUAAAAAAUGUAUCUGCGCAGUAGGGUUUCAUAUGUUUUAUUACGGAUGAGGAGAUUAACCGAUACACAUCGAUAUGUAUCGAUGUGCAGUCAAGCGUGGGCAAGAUGCAGGUGCACCGGUAGAGCAGCUGAGAGUAAAUGCAGUUUUGAAUGCAUAUCGAGAUGUAUCGUCGUUUUAUGUUUGUAUCGAUACAAUCUGAUUAGUUUAAUACAUAACUUUUUUUUUUUACGUUACCAAACCAUUUUUAGGGCAUAAUUUCUUCGGACUUGAAGAUGUGCACUACAAACUAAAGUUUCAGCACCGCACCAUGGAUGAAUACUAGCAGUGAGAAGGAGUGUGAGAAGUAAGGUAAACAAACAUGUCGGACGCUGAGCAAAUGUACCCUCCUCUGAGUAGUUUAUCUAAGGUUUUGGAGUUUCACAAGAAAGAUGGAUGACUUGACAAGGCAGAUUUGCAAAAUGUGCCGCACUGCUGUAAAAUGCACAGGCAGAUAACUAGGCGCCACGGUGUUGUCGUGGAGGGGUCUGCAAGCGCCCCCGCCUACCCUGCUCCCAGCUCAGAUUCUCCUCCAGCCGGCAGCUCCAAAAGCGGUGAUCAAAGUAUUUCAAGUUUCUUCCAUGCCCCGCUUGCUAAUAACUCUACGUGCUCAAUGGCAAUAACAUAUGCUAUAGCAUUCUUCAUCUGCAAAGAUAUUCAGCCUUACAGUGUAACAGAAAACAAAGGUUUCAAACACCUCCUCCAUGUCUUGGAGCCUCGUUGUAAAGUACCUAACCAAAAGCUAUUUUCCAAUAAUACAGAUCUCUGCUCUGUACGACAAUGUUAGGAGAUAGAUGGGGUAGUCACUGACUAAAGCCCAAAGAGUGGCUUAGUGUCGUGAUUUGGGUGUGAAUCAUAUUGUAUUGCAUCGCAUAAUGCCAAACAUGUAUCUUUAAUAUAUCAGAGACAUUGUAUCGAGAUGUGUAUUGUAUUGGCAUUAUACCUAAGAUGCCCAACCUUAGUUUUUAUCACUUUCUAUUCUUGACCUCCAUUCCAAAAUUGAAGAGCAAAUAUUACUCUGCCUCUGUGGUUGAGACAUUUAGGUUGAAAAUUACUUCCCCUUGAUUUAUAGACCUUAAUUUUUCUUUUGAGGGUCGAUCAAGAAGAGAAAUUACAAAUCAAUGCUAUUUGAAUAAAUCAUAUAGAAAACAUAAUAAAAGAGCAGAAUAUGACAGAGUAUCAACAUACACAAAGCAUUUUGCAUACCUGAACAGGGAUGAGUCCUCAUUAAUCCUGCCAUUUGAACUUGUAUCUAACACAAUAUUAUAUAUAUAUAUAUAUAUAUAUAUAUAUACUGUAUAUAUAUAGUUGUAGAUUGUCAUUAUCAUCCUGACCACAUGCUGUAGUCCACAGUGGUCCCUCUCUCACAAUGUUGUUGAUGUACUGCAUCACAAAUGACUUAAUACAGUGUCGGUACAGCAGGUCCUGGCAGACAAGAGCAACUUCUGUCAACUGCAAAUUCUCACUGCGGUUUAAUCCUGAAAGAUUUAUGUCACUGUUAGGAACAAAAUCUCAUGUGCCUAAUUGAAUCCAUGACUCACAGAAGUUCAGAUACCCAAGCCUGCUGCUCACUUACUGUGGAUUUUCCCAAAUUUGUCACGACUUUUUUGGCAGGAAAAAAAAAGGCAGGGUGAGGUUAGGAUGAAAGUUUUAUUUGUUUGCAUUCACACGUGCAUCCAUUCUGAAAAGUUUUUGACACGUGCAAAUACAGCUGUAGUCGACAGUUCUACUUCUGGACUGCAAGAGUUUAACAAAACUGGAUUUAGUAAGCUGGACGGUGACAGGUUAUGUUACUUAUCAAUGUUAUUUGUUACAUUGAUAAGAUACAUGCAUUUGAGUAUUAUUGCAUUACCAAAAAGUCAAAACCAGAUGCUGUCCUUGUCCAGCUAGCUGCUUAGCCAUUACCCAGAAGGGAAAGCCCGGCACUUAACGGCAUCUUCGGCUUGUCUCUUUACCUCUCCUUCCUCAUCUGAACUAAAAGCUAGCCAUUACUGUCAUGGAGCUGUAGCAUCUUCCCCCCCCUUGAUGGGCCUCGUCACCAGCAUCGCAGAGCUAUGUUUAGCUUGCAGAUGCUUCUUCAAAUUUGAAAUGCAGUUCUUAGCAGCUGGCGAGCUUUUGUCCUCCAAGUACAGCUUAGAUGUCAUCGUGAUCUUGCUCUUGUCACCUCACUCAAGCAGUUAGCUAUGCAAGUGCAUCAACACAACAGUAGGUUUACUUAACUUGUGCGCAGCUGCUUGACAUGUAGUUGGAGAGGAGCAGAAAUACUGCAAAUGCAUCGGAGAUGAAAGGAACACACCGAGUUAUUUCCAAUAACCAUCCAGAGGAUUACGUCGAUUGCAGAAGCAGGGCGUUAUUUACUCAUUACUGCAAAAGAGCAAUCCAAGCUCUCCAACAGAUUACUCACAACAAAUUAGCCACCGACACUGCAGGUGUGACAUGUUAGUCUUCUCUGCAGGACUUAAAAUGCACUGAUAAUGUAGUGGCUUUGUGUACAUGGAUAAAAUAUUCAGUUUAGGCCCUAACUCCAACAGACAAUAUUCCUUGUUCCUAGUUGUUUACAUGCCUAGGGAAAAUGAAUAUCCUCGAAAUAAUCCUGUUUGCAUGCAACUGUGCAUGCACAGAUUAACCCCAUCCUUUGUUUACAACCAGCAGAGCUGACCGUGAACAAGACAAUAAAAUCCUAACAGAGUCACCCUCUCUGAAUGUAUGUCUAUAUGUUUACAAAAAGCUCCUGCAUCCACAAAGUGUUCAUUUUAUGAGUCUUAGUUCCAGAUACCCAAAGAGAAUCAGCUGUUUUCAUUCGCUACUUUAGUACUCUUAUCAUGUCUGCAUUUCUCUUUCUGCUGCCGUUGUUUCAAACUUUUAAAUUAGUUAUGUUUUGUAGCGUCCUGUAAAGCUCUGGCUUAUUUUGGCAUAUUUAUGGUUGUUAGGACUGGAAUAAGAGGAACUUGCCCAAAACAAAAGGAUAAAUCAAACACAGAGGCAUGCGAGAGUUCAGAACAUUCUCACAAUUCCUGAAAAUGACAGACGAUUAGUUUGAAAUUGAUACAGAUAGUAGUGCUUUUUUUUUUCAUUUUAAUGGGAUAAAACAAAUCAAAUCGAGGGAAAUCUUUUGACCGCAGUUUUGAGACGUACUUUAGUUAGAUGGCUUGCAUAAAUUGUAACUGGUGUUUUUCUCCCCGUAUAAAUCAAAAUAAAGGUUACUUGCAGGUCUAUGUGAAUGGUGCAUGCAUUUCGUAUAUAUAAAAUUGUACUUACAGGUUACUUUGCAUGCAUACAUGGUGCAUUUAGUCUGCAUAAGGCUGUACUGUACUUUGAAACAAAGUCUUUUACAGGGCAAGUUUUAAUAGUAAAAAGAUGGUAAAGUCCAAAUCAGAUCUGUCUCCGGCUGAUGGACUGAUAUCUGGAUGUACAGCCACGUAAAGAAAACAGGGAGGGCCAGUCAAUGCCGCAUGACUCCUAUGGCUGCAACUUUGUCCUGAAACAAUGAUGUCAUCCCCCUCCAUCACACUUCACAGCCCUGUGUCUGUGGACCUCGCCGUCUCUUUGUUCUCCCGGCCCUGCAUCUCAUUUUCAGGCAGCCGCUCCACAACACCAACACAUCGGCCACACGCGGCGGCGAUAUGGAAUUAGAGUGAUAACAGAAUCAAUUUGGAGCGGAUUGACUAACAGUGAAGAGAGUGUGUGUAUGUGUGUGUUUGGGGGGGUGAAAAAGAGGAAUAAUGAGGCACCAAUGCAGCCGCCUGAUUAUUAAUUGGAUAGGUGGAGGGAGGAUGAGGUCAUUGAGAAAUGUUUUUUCAGGAAAAUGGGUGUACCGAGCAUAAGGGAGGGUUUCAUCAGACACACAGAUGCACAUACGCGUGUGCGCUCGUACAGAAAACUUUUUUUGGGCAGUUACUUUACACGUCAGCUGUUGCUAUGGUGACGCAAGUCUGUGAUCCAGCAGAGGCUCAGGAUUGGCUGGAGAUGAGCAAGGGAGAGGCAGGCAGGGAGACUUUGUUGGAGGGGUGCAGAGGGGUACAGGGAGACGGCCAGACACAAAGAUAAUUAGAUCGAUGCAUAACAAUCCAUACAAAUGCCGUUUUAUUAAACAGCAUCGGAUUCAGUGCAACCAAUGGACUCUACACCACAUGGCAGCUACCCAGCCUCCCUCUCUCUCUGUCCCAUUCACAGAGCCUGUAUCUAAACGCUGUAAAGACAGCUUUGACAUUCACCACCUUACAGCAGGGCGUGUGGCAAAUCAAAAAAUGCAGGGCAUAUGAGCCGCACACUUGCUAUAAAUAGCUCUAAACAUCUUUGCAUGCGUCUACCCCUUUUGAUUUUCAGCAACAAAUUGACGGUUCAUUACCUUGCUAUUAAAGCGCCAUGGCAUGGUGCAAGAGGUGCUCUGGGGCUUAACUGCCGUGGUGGUUCACACUAUGGUUGCCAUGCUUCUGGUGAGUCACCCGACCAAGCUGUGCGUGCUCGCCUUUGGCUUUGUGUCUGCUUUGACAAGCUGAGGUUGGUGUCACUGUGUCUGCAGGGGCCGUUGUCCUAGGAUCCAGAUUAAUUUAAUCCCUUUCCAAACUUUGGCUAGGGUUGGACUUAAUCCCAGACUCAACUGAGACUUGGGUGAGUUGGAGAUAGAGAUGCUCCUCUGGUUUGACAGUUCAGUCCCAGUUGUGGUGUAAUCCUUGUUUGGGAAACCACCUCGAUGUGUCGAUUACAUGUUUGGGGUUCAGGGUGGUUGUGUUUGUGUGUGUUGACAGGAAGUGGUUAGCCCAUGUGGGGAAGGUUAGGUCAACUGCGCUGCCUGUUGUUUGAGCUGUAUCCAUGUUCAUGCGGUCACAGCUCUUUGCGACCAUGGUCUCUAUGUGGACAGGGUGCUCAGAGUCUCCUGGUGGUAUCUAGGGGAUCGGUGACUCAAGGAAAUCAGGACACACUCUAAAUUUGUCACUGCAGCAUAACCCACAUAAUGAAAGAAUACAAGCUCCCUUGCAUACACUCUCCUGUCUUGGCUUGGCUCUGGCUGCUUUCUUAGAGUAGAUUCUCCCCUCUAAACACACUCAGACGCACACACAGGCACACACUCAUGUUGACAAGUGUUAACUGGGUAAUAUGGAAAUCAGAAGGCGAUGAGCACAUGUUAAAAUGAGUCAGUGUUUUCAGUCCUCAGCCUUUGCAUGGGUGUUUUCUCCGCAGAUUGUGUAGCCUCCACUCAGGAGUGUUCAGUUUGGAUUAUGUUUACGGUUUACUGAGGCAGUUGAGGGAAUACCUCCAGCUAGCAAAUCUGAAGUGGUGGAGAAAAGGAUUUGCUUGGCCUCAGGCUACUGUCAAGGUUGCGGGGUACUUUAAACCCAGCUAAACUCUUUUUACACCCAUGUAUGUCUGAGAAAAGGCUUUUCAUGCUUUUUUAAGAUGGUGUAAAUCCACUCUGCACAUUCCUGUAAUUAGCAUUUGACAGAUAAAUUAAGUUGCAGGAAAUUAAAGCAAAUCUCCUCGCCGUCUAGAAUCAUGUUUUGUUUUUUAUGCUUUCUUCACCCAAAUUACACCACAUCACUUUCAAUGGCUGGCUUACAUAUGUCCUGCAUUAAAUACUGUAUCUUCAAACGAUAUUUAUCUUAAAACUUGAACACAAAAUAAAAUAUUCUUGCAUCCUUUUUAACGUGUCAAGAGAAAAUGAAACAGGCUUAUAAAGAGUAAAUUAAAUGAUAGCUAUUAUCAUUUUUGUGUGUAUAAAAAAGAUUCCAUGGUCAUUAUCACGUGUGAAGGUCACAAACGAACACAUCUGCUGAUCAUUUCUAUCCUCCCAUUAAAGAUUUUUUUCUUUUUAACCCACUUUUUUUGUUUGUUUUUUUUCCGUGUAUUUAAAGCUCCUGUGAGGAACUUUUAGUUUCAGUUCACUUUGGCGCCCCCUGUGUACAAAACAGUUUUCGCUUAUCUUGUCCUCUAAGCUGCUCAGCUAACACUUACCCCCUCACACCAGUUUCAGGCACUAAAAACUACAACAUUAAACUCACAAAUUUUGUCACUGAUUGCCUUGUUUGCUUACAUAUAUCAUAGGAAUGCAUCAGUAUAAUUUUCAUUCUACUUCAAAAAAAUCACACUCCUCACCAGAGUUCUAAGGGUUGUUUUCUACAUAUGUAAACUGCUGUUUUGAAUACAAUUUUUAAAAAAAAGCUACUGUGCAAAAUCUACCCUCUAAUAAAGUGAAGAUAGCUACAGUAAACUGAUUUUGGUGAAAGCCUAAGACUGUUUGAAACAUGGAUAUGGGCUCAGUGACGUCACCCCUGGGUUUCUGAAAAGAGGUUUUAAAGCAAAACAAUGGCGGUCGUCACUUUGGAAAUGCUUACUCAGCCUGACUGUUGGUCAGCCUGGAGAGGUGAGCCAUGAGCCUCCUGGCAAGCAGCUACAUAAGGACACACCUUCAAGUCAACUCAGCCCCAAAUUAUGCAAGUUUAUGUGACUCCUAGUUUAAAUAUCCUCCAAAUGAAUGAAUAGUAAAAGAAUUUACUCCCCAGUUUUUCAAACUAGACUGCAACCUAACAGUAAAAAUAGGCUUUAUUACAUGAGAGUUACUCGUAAGUGCAUGAUUUUUGCCAGCCUCAAAAGGACGAUCAAAGAACGGCAUUUUUUAACUUCCACAUUUACCUACAUUAGAGGUCACCAUGAUGGUAAAGCCAGAAGAAGACAGUACAAGAUAUUUAAAUGAGGGCAGGUAAACAGCAAACACACCAAAAGUCAAGUUUUGACAGAGUUGAAACACUUCUCCCCUGAUACAACAAACAUGAUUUCAAUGACAUGAAAUAUUUAUGACUAAACGAGCAACAAGGAAAUGUCAUGUUUGAGAAAAAAACCUCCUCAUAGGUCACUUAUUAAAGAUUAAACACCCCAAAACUGUGUGAAUUUUGUUCACUAAAUAUUAAGUAAAAGUGUAACAAAGGAAAUGAUGAAUUUUUAAUGACAAAAAAUAGAUCAACUUGAGGAAAAAAAUAUUUUUUAGGAGGGGAUGACUGAGGAAAUUUGUUUUUUGGAAGUGGUUAUUUCAUCGGACCCAAAACCUCCAUGAAGACACUCAUGAAAAGAUCCCUGAUAGUUCUGUCAUAAUUGAAUUCACUUUAUACUGAUAGUUUGCAGUUAAAUACUGGUGUACAUGGCUUUAUAAGUACCGCAUUUCUGUCCUUUUUAUCAGACCAGCGUUUGGUGGACUGUCAAAGCAUCACUUAAUAAUAAAGGCGGUCUGCACUGACUCAGUCCUCCUUGGCUGCUGAAAGCCUACAUUCUUGUGGUGCAAUGUCUUCAUGUUUAGAGUUGGGAGUCGCUAUUCAUUAUGUUACUUCCAAACCAUUCAUGGCCCUAUUGUUGUUUCUAUGUUGUUUGCUUUUUAUAUCUUUACUCAUUAAUCCUGUUCAUUUGGGCAUUCCUCAGGGAGCAAAUUAAGGGCCGCUAUUUUUCUCUCCUUUUUUUUUUUUCCCGAAUCACUGCUAAAUUAUUCGAGGUAUGCAUGCUGCAAAGCUCCAUCUGUAUCUGAUUUCCUUUUGUAUCCUUGCACAUCUCUUUUAUUUUCAGCAUAUUAAUGCUCUGCACUGUCAGAAGCCAUUGUAAUGAUUGCUAAGGAAAUCUUUUUGCAUGACUGGCUCCUUUUGUAUUAGCAGGCAUAUCUUAUCUCUGCAAAUCACACCGAAUCUGACAUGAUAGGGAGAGAGUGCACUGGGUAUACAAAAGGGCAGGAAAACGUGAGAGAUAGAGAGCGUGGGGUCAUGAUGGGGGGCACGAGCGAGGCUGGGCACAGAGGCAUAUGGCAGUUGUUAGAAAAGUGAAAGGGACUGGAAGCUUUGGAAAAGCACUGGCAGGCUCAGGGGGAGCACUGCAAGGGAAUCAGAGGGAGUGUAAGGGGAAAAAAGUGAUAAAAAAAAGUGGAGAGGACAAGUGAGAGAAGGAAAGAUGUAAAUGGUAUGAGGUGAGGAAAAAGGGAGCGAGGGAAAAAAAGUGAGAGAAGAGAGAGACGGGUGAACAAGGGGAUGAGAAAGAGUGAGAGAGAAAAUGCUGGAGGGCUGAUAUUUAAUGUGAUAAAUGAGUUGUGACAGUCCGCCUCUAACCCCCUUCCAACCAGUGAGGAGGAGGAACACAGAAAUAGAAAGCAUUAUGGGUAAAAGGACAUAUACAGCAUUAUGUAUGUAUAUAGAAAGAAGGAGGCACACACAUACUGAGAGCAGGAGAGGUGGAGAGGAAUCAGUGCAGCCAAAAGGACAUUCAUAGACAGCAUUAUGGAUGUACAAAGUGAAGGAGGCGAGUGGGGAUGCAUACAUAUUACAGAGAGGAAAGCAGAGUGAAAGACGCAAAGCAAUUUUGGUAAAGGACAUACAACAUUAGAGAGAGAGAGAGAGAGAGAGAGAGAGAGAGAGAGAGAAGAAAGGUAAUGAAGGAGGAUGGAGGGAUGUGAAAUGUAGCAUUGGGUUAAUGAUCUACUGUACCAGAUUCUUAGAAAUAAAGGGGGGGCAACAUAGAGGAGAAGGAGAAUCUAAAUCCUCAACGAUGAUUCCCUCUCCUCUAUUAUGCAUAUGUCACGUCUUCAAAAAGGACGGCUAAUUACAGCGUGUCAUCGUACAGUGUAGAACAAUAGCAGAGUAUUUUUUCUCGUUUUUCCUUCUUUUUCGAGUGACGUUUGGAGGGCCAGUGUGCCAGUGCUGGUCGAUCUCCUGGAGUAGUGGACUUCAGACCAGAGGAAGAGAGUCUAGUAGACAAUGACAGCCACUGUAGUUCUGGUUGGGGAGUGGAAGCCUGGGAGAUGACUCAUAGGGAGGAAUGAAGAAACAGAGGGAGAUGGGAGGGAGAGCUGGAGAGUUUUGAAGAACUGAAAAGUCAGGAGUGAGCAGAAAAAAGGGGUGUGAGGUACCCUAUAGCUGAAGUUUUUAUUGUUUGAUCUCCUCACAACUGAGUCAGCAUUAACCAGCCCUUUGUCUUCCUUCUUUUUUCCUCCUUAACUCUGAUUUCCUUUUCUUUGACACCUCCGUCUUUCCGUGCAGCUCUUAGCCCCUCACCGGCGCUCCAUUAAUGGCCGCAAGCCAGCGUGUGAUCAAAGAUGGCAAUCGUGGCAUUCCACUUCUGCGGGGGGAAUGCAGUUUCCAAUCAAUUAACUAUAAAAACCACAGACACACAAAUAUGCUCUAACUGUGGUCGGGGGAAUUUUACAGUGGCUUGUCUGCCUGAAAUGUGUACAUAGUGAAAAUGAAAAAGUCCCUAACUUAUCCCUCUCUUUCUCCCCAUCCCUGUUCCCGAUGUAUUCUCCAGUGUGGACAGCGAGAUUCUCUCAGGAGCCGGCAGACCAGUCGGUGGUGCGGGGCCAGAGGGUGAUCCUGUCCUGUGUUGUCUUCAACUACUCAGGCAUUGUGCAGUGGACCAAGGAUGGCCUGGCUCUGGGAAUCGGAGAGGACCUCCGGGGUGAGACAUCAUACAACCUCCUCAGGCAUUCUCUGCUCUGUGCAGCAUGUGACUAAGACGGGUUGAUUCAAAGCUGACUCUGAUACUUUUGGAUCAGAGCUGCUGAUAGGCAAAAUAUAAUGCUGCAUUUUUGGAGUUGUACAAGCAGAAAAUUAGAAAAGUUUUUCAGGUCCUUUUUGGUACUUUUUACACCACCCUUUCACAUCGCAAAAUGCAGAGGGAAGCAUGAUAAAUGUUUAAAGCUUGUUUUAUGCUCUCAGUGGCAUUUACAACAUUUGCAGCUCAGUCGCUAAGAACUCCGGAGUGCCACAAAUAACAUGUACAAAGUAAGCAUCGGAUUUCAUAUUCCACUUUGAAGCAGAUCAUGGAAAUUAUAUGAGAGCUAUCCCAACCUCAGCAAGAACUACAAAGACACAGGCGCUGCUUUUGUUGAACGCAUACUUUUAAGACCACUGGGACACUUGCAGCUCGAAGAGGACUUCUGAAACUCUUGGAGUCAAAGUUGUACAGAACGUUGCUCCUAAACUUUUUCUGCAGGGUCCGCUUUGGUAGAUAAAAUAUUCCCCUCACUGUAACAUUGAAACAGAAACAUACUUUGACACAAACUAACGCCCUUGUUCCCACUCCCAUGUGUGACUGGUGUCUGCAGAUGCAUAGUCAAGGCAGAGUCAGUGUGCAGGCACCACAGGUAUCACAGAGAUCCCCAAAGGAAUGGUUGGACUUAGGGUUGAUAUGUCUUUGUAUACAUGUGUAAGUGGAAGCAAGCAUUUAACACACUGUCAGACAUCCUCUCCAAACAAAUUCCUCCACCUUUAGAAGUAUUUGGAACAUGCACUGCAACAUGCAACCUCCAAAGUUUUAAUGCGUGGGUGGCCCGUUAUUGAUGGAAGUCAACUUAGAGGGAGUUAUAAUUUGCCAUCAUUUCUUGUCAUUGCUCUAGUAUUUGUGGUGUUGGGAAAGACUCAUUGUCAGCGUCAUAUUUAUAGUCAUUAGUCAUCUUACAAAAUUGGCCAUGCUUUGCUGGCAGUGCAAAACCAUGUGCAUCAUUCAGUCCUACUGCAGAUGCCUCACUCAUAUCUCCAGGCCUCUCCUGGCAGUUGUGGCCCCCAUUACAAAUCCAAUCUUGGGGAGUGUAGGUGUAUUAUGGAGAAACAGAGUCAAUAGGAAACCAGAUUUAGGGCGAUCCCAGCUUCCAUUGGCAAUGUCACUUAACCAUACCCGUCCCUUUUGCCUGCUGUAGGGUAGGAUGUCCCAUUUAUUUUAGGGCCUUGAAUAGUAGUGGUCACUUAGCUCCCCAGACUGUUUUUAUGUAUGCACUCUGAGUGAAGUUCCCAGAAUGCCCUCAAAAUGAGGCCAUAAUAGGUUAACACAGAACAUUAUAAUUUGAGCCAAGCCUUCAUCUUUGCAAAAAAAUCAAACCGAUGCAAAGAUUUAUGUAGUAAACCAUUAUGACAAGAAUUUCUUAUAAGUUGUCUGUGACCAGUAUGAUGAAAAGAUUUCCCCUCCCAAUUAAUUCAUCAUUCUGAAGGCCCACCAAUCAGUUUAGUGGUUCCAACACUAGAGACAAGGCCCACAGUGGAAACUGGAAUCAGGCCUUAGAGUCUCUGAAUGUGGGCUGCUCGACCAGUUUGAACCUUGAGCUCAGUGUUAUCUCUGGGCUUCACAAAACACCAGCUGUAUGAUUAAUAAAUGAUAACCAGCCUGUCAUAGCUGGGACUGUGCAAGACACUCAUCAAUUCAAGUCAGUUUAACCCCCUGGACUUUGGACUCUAUUGACACUAUUUGGGACCUAGCGACUAGUAAGAGAAGAUUUAAAAUCAUCCAAAACAGGAUAGUGGAACAAAAUAUACUAAUUUAUAUUGUUCAAUAAAUAAAAAAGGAGGUUAGUAUCAAUGAAAGCAGACGCACAUUUGAUAAUGAGGGUUUGCUGGCAAUAAUGCAGGGUUCCAGUUGUACUCGGAAGUCAGGAUUUCUGAGCUCUGAGUCGCAAAUUCAUCUGGAGCGCCCCCCCUGAAGUCGGAUUUUUCGACUCUAAAAGUCAGACGAUCCUCACCAACCCGGCUUGAGAGAAUAUCAUAAUCCAAGAUGGUAGCGCAGUGCAUCAACAGUGAAGAGUAACAGUGAAAGCUCUCGUAAUGUAUUAUUUAAUAAGUUGUAUAUGUUGCACUGCCAAACAUCUAACUGUGAACAUGGUGCUAUGGUGUUUGUAAAGGUUAAAUACUGUUAUGCGUUGUUUUCAACUGGUUCAACAGCUAACAACAGCUGACAACAGCUAACAACAGCUGACAACGGCUAACGACUGCUGACAAUUGUUAACAGCAGCUAACAACAGCUAACAGUAGGUGUCCAUCUUGGUUUUCCGACUUGUUUACCGGAACGCCGUCAACACGGAUGUAACAUCAUUCCCUGCUCUGAAAUCCGACUUCCGAGGUAACUGGAACGCAGCAUAAGAGACAUCCUUUGGUUUUAGAGAAUGCAAAAAGCUGCAGCUCCUUGAGUAUCCACUUGGGGCUGUUUCCAAAAGUCAAGGAGACCCCAUAAACACCCACGUCAAAAUGCCCAUCUUUAUAGUAAAAUACAACCAGGGUAAACUUUGUUGUCGCUGAUCCAUUUUGAAGAUAUUAAGGUUACAAGUUUUGUAUAUGAAGGUAAAAUUAGGGGCGUGGCUGAUUUGACUGACAGGUGGGCACAUUGCAGCUGCUUGCUUCGAGGCUUAAGACCCAUCUCAUAUCCUCCACUUCAGGUCUUUUCAAGAUCGACCCAAAGUUGUGCUGAGUCUGCAUUCCCAGUAUGGCGACCGAUACUGUUUGGCAUCAAAACGCUCUCCAGAAACCAACAGGCAAUAUCAAAUAGGCUGUUGUAUUUCCAUGCAUUGAUGGAUGGAAAACUCAAAAGUACCAGCUGGUUAUAAGCAGGGCUGGUGGACGAGUUUCUCUGUUUGAUGUUGUAAGGUUUCGUUUUGACAGCUGCUGACAUUAACAAAAGAUAAACACACUAGGACACUAAUUUGGGUUUUUCCCAAGUGGACACGAUGACUGAAAUGCAGCAAAUUUGAUGCCAUGAUUCAUGUUUAUCUCAUGUGACAUUUAACCGUGUGGCUGAUGCGUUCUUACAAAAACAUUUUUGUUUUGGCUUAGCUUGUACAACUGUGUUAACUAAGAGAUGCAAGAGGCGACUCUUAAGCUAAAUUCAGCCAGAAUACCAUGACAGCCUCCCAUCACACCGUGUCCUGGAUUAUAAACACUGAUUGAAGCUGAUGUUAACUUUGGCCGCCCCCUGCAUAUAUCAACCAGUGUUUCAUGAGAGAUUCUGCUCUACCUCCGGCACAUUUAACUGGCACCCUUCAACUUGGUUGAUGAGCAUCACAUCAGGGAAUCUGUCAUAUGAGCAGUGGGUGACAUGUACUGGCUAAUAUCUGAUUUUUAUUGAGAGGUCCAUUCAUCAGCUGAUAUAUCGGCCUCUUUCUGCAGUGAUGCAGCUUUGUGCUCUUGUAGUAGUUCACUUCAUUGUUUGGUUUUUGUCUCUUGUUAUGAAAAUUCUUGUUUGUUUGAAAGUCUCCCCCUUGUCCGUCUGCAGCAACAAUCUGAGACGAUGUCGUCUGACUUUGACAAAACUGGGGGAAUGAUGCAUCUUACUGCUGUGUUGUUGCAGAAUGUUCAGAAUUGCACUGAUUAGCCCAGAGGGGACUGUGCAAUUACUGGUCAAAACAAGUGGGCAUAUUUUUAACUGAUUGGUCCAAAGGGAAGAUGCAUCAUUCAUGACAUGCUGUUGCCCUGUUUUUGUUCACAUAGCUGUUGUUCUCCCCAUACUACUUUCCUCUCCUUCCACUGCCUACCUUUGGUAUUUUUCCUUCUUUUCUGUCACACUCUGCACACCAUGAGCUGAUUUUUUUUUUUUUAGUUCUGAGGCCUCUGUAAUGACUCUCUCUGCUCCUCUCUUCCUCUCCUCACCUCUCCUCUCCUCCACUGUCUGUCAUGCUAUUCCACUGCGACCUCCUCAUCCAAACUCCCUUGUUCUUCUCUCUCCCUCUUGCUCUCCUUCUUUCAGCUGCCUCUGUUGUGCCGAGCCCUCUCUCCUAGUCUCCAUUUAACUCCCCUACCUUGCCUACCGCUCCUUCUCUCUCCUUACAUUCACCUUGCUUGACACACUCUCGGCUCACACUCUCCUCUUUCUUUCAGCCCUUCUUCCUCUCCUCUUUUUUGUCCUCUUCCGUCCCUCCUCUCUUCUUUCUGUCCCUCCUUCUCUCCUUUCUUUUAAUCAAAUUGUUACUGUAAUGCUCCAGUGCUUCAAGCCAAAGCUUUUAAAUAAAAAACAUGUGAAUGAACACUGGCCGCUUCAUGCACACAUACACUCCGUAGUAGUGUGUGUGUGUUUGUGUAUGAGGCUCUGUCCCUCUGUGUCCCCCCCUCCUCCCUGAUUCUCUGGGCUUUUCAUACGCUUUCUCACUCUCGACAUUUCACAUGCAAAUGCACGUAUAUACAAUGCACACACACACUUGCACACAUGCAUGCAGAAGCAAGGACACGCAAGGUUAGGCAGGCUGCACAGCUCAGUUUGAAGGCUGCACAUGGAAGCGGCACAGAGAAUUUCACAUGCAAUCUACGUCUGGGCAGCAAACAUGAAUUCUGCACCACGAACCAGAGUCGAUUUGAGUCCUCUAAAACGUUGCUGUCAUAAUGCAUUCGUCUUUUCCCCCCUGCUGGUGAGUGUGAGAGAGAGCAUGGAUGCCACCUAAUGGUGAGAAUGUACGGCAGUGACACAGCUGGGCUGUGUAUCGGUUGGAUGGGGGGAGGGGAGUGGAUUGGAGAGGCUGUGUGUCGUACGUGUGAUUGUGUGUGAAUGUGUUUGUUUGGUCAUGCGUUUGUGUUUGUGCAUUUCUAGCGCAUUAGGGGCCACACAUGUCUCUGGGGUCAUUAAAGCCGAGGAGGAGGAGGAAAAAGUCAGAUAUUAUUACUGCAUGCAUGACACAGAUCUGAUGUUUUUUUUGCAUGCAAGAGCGACUACAAGCUGUGCAGGGUUGCAUUUUUACUCAUUCCAGCAAACCGCAAGAGUAUGUGGGUGCAGGGAACAUGUGAUGAACUCGCAGUUUGCAUUCAAAGUUCAAAUAUUAAAUUUGUAGUGACAUAAAUUCCCCUUCAGUAAGCAACUAGCACAGAGGACAACAAAAAGGAUGGAAAUAAAGUGGAAUAUAUCUUUAUCUAUAUAUAUUUGGAGGUUUUAAGUUGGUUAAAAAGAGAAAACUUUGACCAUGGUGGAAGGUAGGGGGUGAGAGAAAAAAUCAACACAGCAUAGUAUUGGGAUAUUUUGUCUGGUGAUGUAUCGUAUCGUCUCAUUUACCAAGUAUCGAUUUUUUGCCAAUGUGAAGUGAAAUCUAUGAUAAUGGAAAAAUACAAUCAACAGUUUGCCCAGUGAGGUUGGCAGAGGUGACAUCAUAAAGCAGGAGAAAGUUAGUACAACAAAUAUAUCAGCACCUGGGGAAAGACAUUAGAAAAGUAAGCAGGGCACAAAUGAGAUGGACCUGACACUUAAGGUUUGCAAGAUGUGCUAAAUGAAAAUAAAAUGCAGUGUAAAUAAGAAAAACACAAAGAAGAGACAAAUGCUAAAGUAGCUAAACAGUUGUAAAAAGAUUUUAUAAAUCGCAAUAUAUUGUAUCUCAAUUCAUUCACUGAAUUGCAAAAUGUCAGACCGCAAUCAUAUUGUAUCGUGACCCAAGUAUCAUAAUAAUAUCGUAACGUGGGGCCACUGGUGAUUCCUACCCCUAGUAGAAGGUUAAAAAAACUGUACAAAACAGGAGUUUUUGUAUAAUUUAAGAAAUUAUAUUGUAACACAUUUUUUUUCUGCAAUUAAUAUAAUAUGACAAAUGUAGGUUUUUACAUGCACAUUUGCGUAUUUAUGAGCCAAUAAACUUCCACUAAUUUAAUUAUACCAUUUAGAGUGACUAAUAAAUCUGCUGAUUAAAUUUAUCGCUGAUGGUGCUUUGAAAUAACUGACCUAUAAUUAUUUUUCCAUCUACAUUUAUUCAUAAUUAUCUUGUUGCUAGGAUUUAUUGAUAUAAAUAAAUAAAUAUAUAUAUAUAUAUAUAAAUAUAGAUAUAUCUGAUAUGAGAUAAUGUGCAGUAUACAUUAAUGUUCUCUCACUCAGCAUAUACACUUCACCUGUUAGAUGAAGGGUAUCACAGCAGCCAUGAAGCCUCACGUUCAUUAUUUGAGGAUAAAAAAUCAGCUGUUUGGGAGAUGUAAAGAGAAGAUAAAAAUGUUCAGAAACAGAAUUAUUUUAACUGAUCUGCUUUGAUGCUCUGUAAUUCACCACACUUUUAUUAAUAUCAUAUUGAAUCAUAGUAUUAAUAUCAUAGUAUUGAACAAUGUUGCUGCACAUUUGCAUUUUUCUCAUGCAGGCCAAGUGCCAGAUGUGCUGGUAAAGGGUUGAACUAAGUGUGGUAAAAACGGGUGUUUUUGACCUCACAGAAAACACUUAAAUGAUACUCUCAUUUUGUCUGCAGCAAAAAAUGUCCCCAUAUCAUUUGUUCUUGACUUUGCAUGUAAACAGUGAGUAAAAGUUGGCACAGAGUAUUUUCUCAAAAUCUGCUGCGUCUUUGUGUGUUCUAGCCUGGCCCAGGUACCGCGUGCUGCGUGUUCAGGAGUUGGGCCAGUAUAACCUAGAGAUCCUGUCAGCUGAUCUAUCUGAUGACUCUCUGUACGAGUGCCAGGCCCCUGAUGCUGCCCUGAGGUCCAGGAGGGCCAAACUCACUGUCCUCAGUACGUUUGGAUGCAUGUCUCUCUGUGCACGUAUUUCAAGACAGCAUGUGAGAUGUUUCUAACACCGUCCACUCCCGCUCCAGUACCCCCAGAUGAACCGGUGAUCGAUGGGGGUCCGGAGGUGUUGCUGAAUGCAGGGGAAUCCUACAACCUGAGCUGUGUGUCUCGAGGGGCCAAACCUCCUUCCAUGAUUGAGUGGCUAAAAGAUGGUCUGCCUAUAGAUGGGGCUGCCAGUGUCACUGUGAGUCUGAAAUAGAAACAUUCAGAAAGUCUCCCUUCUCUGUUUUUUCCUCUGAUAAACAUGUCUGCUCUCCACCACCUUCAGGAGGUGCUUCCAGACAGGAAGAGGGUGACCACACGCAGCUACCUGCCCAUCCAGCCUGUCGACACUGACACUGGGAGGAAUUACAGCUGUGUGGCCACUAACCUGGCUGUUCCCAGUGGCAAAAGCACAACUGUCACCCUCAACGUACACCGUAAGUUGUCAAAAAAUGCUAAGACAGACACCAAAUUAACUCAAGAUGUAUUAUUCACAUGUGAUUUAUCGGCAAACCGUAAACUUUAUUACAAUACUACUGAAAGAAUUGCAUUUUUAUCACAAUGAAGAUGAAUUUUCUGGCUGAUUGCCACAUAAAGAGCUGUUUCAUAUCUCAAACUCAUUAAAAGUGUCAUAUUUUGCAGCAUAAAACAUCUGCCAGCAGCUGAACAUUUUUAUCGCCAUUAUUAAGUUAUGCGAGGAAGCCAUUUUGCAUCCAACUGUCCCCCAGAUUGCAGCAUAAUUUUAGAUGUAACAGUGUGUUGUUAUGUGACCCUUUUCCUCUUCCUCUCUCCUCCAGAUCCACCCACAGUGACCUUGUCCAUUGAGCCUCGCUCUGUCCUGGAGGGGGACAGAGUCACCUUCACCUGCCAGGCCUCUGCCAACCCUCCUAUCAUGGGCUACAGGUCUGCAUCUACAAGCCUGCAUGCUCUAGAUUUAACACUGCCUCUUAAAGUUACAGUUCCGUAAUGAUACACCUCAUGCAUUAGUGUGUUUUCAUUUAGAUGUACCUUUUUUUCAGUGCAUAUGUCUUUAAAAAGGAUGUUAUCCUUAGGACUCCUAAAACAGAAAAUUCAUAUUAUUCUCUUUAACAAUAUGGUGGCUCAUUUGCUGAAUUUCUGGCCUUGAUUGGAAAUUAAUAUACUGUAGUGUGAGUUUGCACGUCAAAGAUUAUGCAAACAUGCACAGAAAGCUGCUGUCUAAAUAACUGUGUUUAGAAGUAUAAAUCUACAUAAUCAACAAGUUUUUCUAUACUGGCUGCCAUAUGUAGAGGCCUGGGGCCGAGUGCACCAGCUGGGCCUGCACUAGGUCAGUCACAUCUCUUACCUUAGUAACACAAUACUUUCAUUACAAAAAACAAGGUUAAGGUGUAUAUACAUAGAAAUUCCCCCCCCCCCCACACACACACACACACACACACACACACACACUUUUACAGGACUGGAGUGGACAGCAUUAACAGCUCAGAGCUUGGAGCCUCAUUUCCAUAAAACCUGAGAGUGAUCAGCACCUGCAGAGUGGGGACAGCACCCUGUUUCUUUUUUUUUUUCUGAAACAUGGCGUAGUAGAGAGAAGAGCUUUUUGAUGUAUCCAAACAGGUCUUACCUGACAAAACGUAACCUUAGAAUCAGCUCACUGUCUCAGCAGUGUCCCAUCAAGGAUUAUUCUCUCUCAUCUUCAUGCACUUUUAUUAAUCCUCCUGUAAACAAGAUGCGCUGCCAUCCCCUUGUUUUAAGUUCUGCGACUGUUACUUUUUGAAUUUAUAACACCUUGUUUUUGCUGACCUGUCAGACUGACACCUGGUAUGUCUCAGGCACAAACAAACACAGAUCCAGUCGAACUGGUGCACACAUGGCCCUGCUUUAAGCCCUAAGUUGGAUUUUUGGAUACAGCUUGACAGGGUGCCAGUUUGGGCCUGGCGGUGGAGUUGCACAGUAGCAGAAAAGCUGUAGUGGUUAAGCAGUUGGCUGGAGGUUUGAUCCCAGCAUGUGACCUCCUCACUCCUUACUCUCUCUUCCAGUUUACUCUGUAUCGUCUUUAAAUAACUGCGAAACAAUGACUUUAUUCUGUUGAUAUUAUUAUAUACCUAAAACUUUAUUCUUUGGACUCUCUGACUUUGUUCUUGUAACUUUUUGACUUAAUUACAGCUUUGUUUUAUGACUCGACCUCUACAAUUAUGGCUGUGUCCUUUUAGCAUUAUAACUUUAAAACACUUCACAACAACCACAGCUGAACAAAGUGCUGUACAUAAGUAGGAAAAAAAAUAAAAAUAAAAACAAUAGAUUAAACAAAGCAGAUAAUAAAUACUGAAAUAAUUGUUUCAUUGUUCCAAAAAAUUAUAAACAAUAGAAACAACUAAAAAUGAACCAUAAAACACUAAAAAAGGAGCAGAGUCUAAUGCAGGGUCGAAAGCCAAGUAAUAAAAAUGGGUUUUAAGAUGAGUUUUAAAAGUGGACAGUGAGGAGGCUUGACUAAUAUUUAAGGGAAGCUCAUUCCACAAUUUAGGAGCGUUUUGACCUUGGGACCUCCUCAGGCACUGGGCGGGAGGGAACAAGCGUAGGGUUACUCUUAUAAUAUAAUAUAAUAACUUUAUUCUUGUAGCAUACUGACCUAUUAUGAGUUUUUUUUCCCCAAAAAAAUUAUGACGUAAUAUUCUUAACAUUAUGACUUUUUUCUUGAAGGCUUUCCUGUGAGUUUAUCUGUAUAAUAUAAUUAUUAACUCUCACAAGAAUAGGACUUCAUUUUCAUAAUAAGAUAAGAUAAGAUAAGAAGAACUUUAUUCAUCCCUGAAGGGAAAUUCAAUUGUCUGUUGUCUCACGUAAUAUGUCUCUAAAAGUUAUCUACUAUUUACAUAAAAGUUAUAGAGUCUGAUGGCUGUUGGUACAAAAGAUCAAAAGAUGAUACAAAAUAUCAUGACUCAUAAUGAUUUUAUUCUAGUAAUUUAAUCCACUACAAGUUUGUAGCACUUUACUACAACUUUAUUCUCCUAAUAUUAUCAUUUUGUGAUCGUAACAUGGUUACUUAAAUUUUUUACAUCAUUAUUCUGUAUUUUUCUUCAUCAUACUCUGUCCUAGUAUUUUGUGUAUUUAUUAGGUUCAUACAGGCACCGUGUUCAUGUUUGUCCAUAUUUCCUGUCGAGCUCUUGUUUAGAUAGAGUCAGAAAAGUUUUUUCUUUACAGUGUUUGUGUUUCUUUUUUUGUCUAUAACCUGGCAUGUGUUAACCCCAGGUGGGCUAAGGGAGGCGUGGUGCUGCAGGGAGCCCGGGAGAGCGUGUUUACCACCAAAGCAGACCACUCCUUCUUCACCGAGCCUGUCUCCUGUCUGGUUUUCAACGCCGUAGGAAAGACCAACGUCAGCAUCCUUGUGGACGUUCACUGUGAGUCAUAUGCUGCUCAUCUCACCUUGUUCAGUCACUUGUGGCCUACUUCACUCACUUCACUCUGGAGUCACAGGGAUGAAACACACUGUUGUUGUGUUUCUUUGUCCUCUGAGCAGCUUCUGCUCUUCAGCCCUGCUGCAUUAUUACUCAGGCACAACAAAGAACACCUCUCUCUGUGUUUCUGUCUUUCUCCAGUCGGUCCAAUCUUGUUGGUGGAGCCGCAGCCAAAAACCGUAGACGUUGACUCUGAUGUCACUCUCAACUGUAAAUGGGCUGGAAACCCUCCACUCACUCUCACCUGGUUCAAAAAGGGUUCAAACAUGGUAAGAGGUUCAAAGCCCACGCUUUGCACAUUUCUUCUCUCUUCUUGUAUUCACACUAUUUUUACUCUUCACACUUUGUCUUCUGUGUUUACACGAGCAGUCUGCCAUUCAUGAGCAUUGUUUGUCUGUAAACAAAGAUGCCUUUUUUCCCUUCCUCCCUAUCAUGAACUCUCUCACUGUUUCAUUUAUUCCUCUCGUAUAUUCUUGUAUCCCUCAUGAUCAGACUCCAUUUAUUAAGUGACUUUUCUGAAGUGUAAUAUCUUCCUACAGUUGAAUGUUGCAACAAACAUAACUGAAGGAGAUUAAAUGACUGGCUGCCGUAUUUCAGGUCUAAAAAACUGUAGGUUUAAAUGCUCCCUUAGGAUUGUUGUCACAUACAUGUCAGUUUGAUUGACAGAAGAAGAGAGGAUAAGAUUGGUGUAACUCUUACCUUUGCAUAGGUGAGAUAUGUAAGCUCAGCACAAAAGAACUGGCUAGUUUAGCUCUAACUUUAAACUUCUUCUUUAAUACCUGAAACUGUUGUGAGGGUUUAGGUGUACACUGAAGAGGCAGCCUUUCUUUACAUUUGUUCCAAAAAAUAUACAGAAAAAGUGAUAUAUUUGAUUCCACAGCAAAGAUAAGUUCCAUUUUUUUUGUCAAAAAUACGAUCUUGCUUUGCACAGAACAAGAUUCGCAGAGGUGGAUAUCUAUACCUGUUCACUGGGGAUGCUGAAAUAGACAUAAGUUUGGAGCUUUAUACCAUACAAUUAUUGGUUUUCACCUUUUAGAUUUAAUAUGUCUUGUUUUAUCUUAUUCUAUUUUUAAUGUCAAAUGUUUUAAGCAUUUCAGCAUCUGAUAUUUUUGGUCUUCUUUUCCCUUUUUUUUUGUUAUCUUGAGUUUUAACAUUUUAACCUUAACUUCAGUGUUUCCUCAUAACAAAGUCAUGAUGGCCUCUCCUCAGCUCCUGUUUAAUUGAGUGCCUUUUAUUUAUUCCUUUGUCAAUUUUUUCACUGUUUAACACUUCAUUUCUUUGUUUUGUUUGCUUUUCUUGCAAAUGAUUUUGGUUUUUAAUUGUUUUUAUUGAUUUCCCUUUUCCUUUCGGCUACAUUUUGUUCUUUAAAAAAGUGUGAUGCAAAUAAAUUCUGUGAUUUCUUGACUAAUACUUUAGAAUGAAAACAGCGGAUCCUUUAAUUUCAGUCACCAGCUAAAGCUAGAUUAGUUUACAAACCCUCAAAUGAUUCAAAAUCCCAUCUUUAGUUUAGUUUUCCUUAUUAAUUAAAACACUAAAAGGUUGUUUAAAGUAAAAAAAAUCUUUAGAUUGUAUAAUACAAUAAAAUGAAGUCUACUUUUCAAUAAAUUGAAAAAUAAGUUUAUAGAGCUACCAACUGUAUAUUGAAACUAUUGAAAGUGAGGCUGUAAGGUAAAGCUUAAAUUUGCUUUUAAAUUUCCUGUAAGGAUCUUUCUGAUGUAACUGGAAUAGACUGAAAUUCACAUUGAGGCCUUUUCAUUAUAUUCAAAUGUAAAUAAGACCAUCAACAACAAAACUGAUGAAUUUUAUAUUCUAAUUUUAGAUGUCUGAAAGUGAUGUGAGGGGGUAGGUGUCGGACGAUUAGCCCGGUUUUUGCAAUUUCCAUGAGGAAUAUUCAGAAUAGAUACUUUUACUGUCAAAAGUCAGCAACACAAAGCUUUUCUUGACAAUCAAAAGUCACUCCUCAAUAAUGUAGAGAACAAGACAAGCAUAGACUGCUUUGUCCACAGGAGAUGCUAAAACUGAGCCAAACCAUACGUUUCUCACAGGAGCUUUAAACUGCAUGUUGUCCACACUGCUAAACUGCUUUGCUGUGGCUCCAUUUGCUGUAAAAACCUGAGAGUGAUAUCAGUCUUUUCAGUAGCCAACAGGGUUAACCUUUGCAUGUUUAAUUCUGGUUUGGUUAUAAAGCAUUGUUUUAUAGACUCAGUUUAUCCUGGGAUCUUUCUGUGAUGAACUCUCCAUGCAGCCCCAACACAUCCACACAGCUGUAUUACGUCUCCUGACCCUGGAGGAGAAGUGUCUUGUUUGAAAAGAAACAGUCUGAUUAAUAUCUUCUGGAAAUACUGGGGGGAAAAACUGCACAUGGUUCAGAAUUCUUUGAGAACUACAAGUGGUGUAGAGAUUUGAUCUGGAACCACAUAUUCACAAACUCAGAUGGUGAAGGCUCAUGGGAGGGACUUUGUUGUUUCUGCACCUUCUGCAGACAGAAAUAACUGUAAAGAAAUAAGUUUUGGUCUGAAAGGUCUUGUUUGUUUGCUCUAAGAGGGGAUAACCAAAGCCAAGACACACAAUAUAUUUUCGUUUUAGUUUUGCUUUAUUUCCUCAUCAAUUUCUGUUUUUGCUUGGAGAUGAAAGAGAUGGAUGGCCUGAAUGUAAAAGUGAUUGAAAAGCUCAUUGCAAACAUGUGAAACUUGUGAAAUUUCAAAUAUAAUCUCAAUACCUAAUGUCACAAAAUGUAAGAGUCUAACAUAUGCUGAUUUCUGGAAUACAGCUCCUGUGUUCCCAAAGACUUCCCUCGUAGGUGUAUGUAAAUUCUGAUGUUGAUGCUGUUGGAACCAGGAGUUAAUAUGAGGCAGUUACAGCACAGUUAAUUAAAUCUGCCUCAUUAAAAACCUACCCUAGCAAACCACAGACUGACUUCGCUCACACCUACAUCUAUAUAUUCAGUCCUUUUCAGGUACUUCUCUCUCUGGGUGGUUACAUAUUUAGCCAUAAUUUUCCCACAGCUAAUUUUCUGAUGGAUGAGGUUGCUAGGCAACUGCAAAUCCUCUGUGAUGGGUUAAAAGUGGAUGUGCAAGUUUGCAUUGUUAGCCAGUUGAGGUCAGAGUCAUAGAAAUCAUGCCAGAUAUGCAAAUCUUGGAGAUGAUUAAUUAGAAUAACGAGGUGUACGGGUGGCGGUGUAACAUGUUUUUUUUUUUCCUUUUGCACAUGUGGAUUUGAUUGUGUUUUUCCCCUCCUGGAGUUAAGCAGAUCUGCCUUGUUUAUAUUUGUGUCCGUUCUGUUCACUCCCCCACAGGUUCUGAGUAACAGCAACCAGCUGUAUCUGAAGUCAGUGAGCCAAGCUGAUGCCGGCCAGUAUGUAUGUAAGGCCAUCGUCCCACGGAUUGGAGUAGGAGAGACUGAGGUCACACUCACUGUUAACGGUCAGAAAACAUCCACACAAUUUCAUGUAACAGCGCCUGUAGAUGGAAAUCUUGUGCUUUCUAAAAGGUCAGCUUGUCAGUAAUUGAAAAAAAAAAUGUUGUGUGUCCAAAGUGGUUGCCAGUUAUUUUUAAAACCAUACAACUCUUGUGGAGCAGGCCUGGUAAGGUCAGCGUCUCUGAAGAACAGCAGGCUUACAUCAUAGUUUUACUGCAUUUUCUCUGUUAUUCUCUUUAAAACCACAGAUCCAGUGAAGUUUGGAUGUGGAUAAAAAGACAUUUUGGUAGUUGUAAAUCAGUUCUAUAAGUAACUGAAAAUGGCAAAGAAAGCGUGUCAGAUGAUGAGCCUGAAAGAGCGACCGGUUAAUGAAAAGUGUUUUGCUCAUUUUGAAUUUGAUACUGGCAGGAAAAAGUCUUUUUUUAAACAUUGCGUUGCAUCACCUCUCAUUUCAACAACACUGUAAAUAACUGGGAACCAAGGAGACCAGUUUAUAGAUCUUUGGAAGUGAAACGUUAGGACUGCAGGCAUGGAGUUCAGCUGCCAGUCCACCUUAAACUGAUUGAGACCUCGAUAAGUCACUGGCAUUUCUCCAGCAUGCUCAUAUUUGUUUCAUCAAAUUGAACCUGCAUUUGUAGCUGCAGCAUCAAACUUUGUUCACAGGUAAUGGCUUUUGAAAGCAAUUUUGUGCCAAUGCAGUGAUUUUCACUACAGACUCCUGACUUAGAGCCUUUUUUCCCCUCAUCCAUUUCGUACAGCGAGUUUUCCUCUAGAUUCUCUGAUUCUCUCAAAGAUAUCCUGUACUGUUGAUGAUGAAAUCUAUCUGGCAUGGUCUCGAUGAAUGAGUCUGGAAGUGUUCAAUUCAUUCUGUUUUUCUCGGGUGUGUUAGCAACGGUCAACUCUGGCAGCGAUUGUACAAACCGACAAACAAUUAGAGUAAUGCGGCAUGUGACGCAGAACAUAGCAACAGAAAACAUAAACAGACAAGGGCAUGCAGAGGAAAGACAUGUAUCAAUGCAGGGCUUGACACUAACUUUUUUCACAAGGAGCACAUGUGCUCCGCAGUUAAAAAUGUAAGGAGUACACAAAGAACAUCAGGGGCACAAUGAAAAUUGAUCAAAUAAUGUGUGUCUUACUGGUCAACAUAAGUACGAUUAUUUGAAAUCAAUUUUAGGUCUCUAAAUCACAUGACAUGGAAGCUAUUGAAAAGAAUGUUCAAAAUUUGCCUUUUAAUUUAACACAAAAAAGUAUGAGAACAAAUUAGGGAAAUAAAGAGUUGUGUCUUAUUGGUCGACAUAAGUAUUAUUAUUAUUUGAAAUCAAUUUUAAUUCAGUUGGUCACAUGACAUGGAAGCUAUGGAAGGAAAACAGCCUUUUUUGAGAACAUCAACCGGUAAUUUAUUGAUGGUCCCUUAUUCAACACCUGAGCUUGACAGCGAGGGUAACGAGUAGGGUGACGUGCUGCUGUUGCUAUUCCCGGUUAUGGAGAGUGAGAAGAAACCGGUAGACCCACAGUGAAUGUCUGUUGGAUAUCCAACCUAACACUAACUUUUCGGUGGUAUUUAUAUGAAAAAACAUUUGUUGCCUCGGCUAAUUUUUUUAUGCGCACAUGUGCCCCUAAAUACAUUUCACAAUUCGCAUACAUCUAUUUUCAGCCGCAUAUUCGAGUGAAACAGUCGCACUGUUGAGCCCUGCUAUGUUCAGUUUGUUCUUGUUCAAAUGAAAAUAGAUCCUGUUUGCAAGAGCAGAUUCAGUGGAUCUUCCAGCAUCUACGCUCCUUAGUUGUCAUUGUAUUAAACCUAAUUUAUUGAAUUUGUUGAGUCUGUGAAGUUUUCUUGGAUUCAAGACAUACCCUAAUUUUUAUAAGCUGGCUGAUGGGUCUGUCCUAACUAUUUAAAAAUAUGUCAAACUUAAAAUGAGCAAGUAUUAAAGUUUAGCUUCAACAUUUGAUCUGAUUUCUUUGCAGUGAUCUCUAUUAAAUAUAAGGUUUAGUCUCUAUAGUAGUUUAUCUCUCUUUCAAACAUUCACUUCUGCUCUUUAUUUUGGCUCACACAGGUCCACCCAUCAUCUCCAGUGACCCGGUCCAGUAUGCAGUUAGAGGAGAGAGAGGAGAGGUUAAAUGCUACAUAGCCAGCACACCCCCUCCUGAUAAGAUUGUAAGUAAAAAGAUAAAUGUGCGCUAAACCCUUCAAUGAAAUGUCCACAUUUAGAUGCAGCAUCAAUUAUACAGAGAGAAAAACGUCCAACAAGGAAAAGCUUUGGUCACAAAGAGCUGUGGUCCAACAGCGAUUUGUAUAGUACUGUACCCUCCUGUUCCUAAAUGGCUUCUCCACUCUGCACAGUAAUGCUUUUAGGCACUGUCCCUUUUCCCUCUCUGACUCACCCUUAAACUCUCCCAGAAUUCUCCCCCAUCCCAUCACAUAAACAAACCAACACUAACACUAAGCCCGUCCGCUUUUAGCUCCUGCGUCAGGACUCAGCCCGAAUGCUCUCUCCACUCUUGUGUAUCACAGAGAGAGUAGUAGUAGUUCCUCGGCUCCCCGGCCUCUGUGACUGAUCCAUCCUGACUUGCAGUGCGCGCUCUUAAUGCAAGUGGCGUAGGUUGGGACAAAAAAAGAUUUAUAAAAUAUAAAGGACCGAAGAGGAACAGUUGUCCCUGUAAAUGCCACAGCCAGGAGAUUAUCCUUCUCUGGAAUAAGUGGGCAGAUUAUGGGAACAUGUGGGCUUAUGCAUAAUUAACUUGCUUUGGUACAGUACUUCUAUGCUGAAUAAUACAGUUGCUUUUAGAAGCUUUGGAGCUGAAAAAUGUGCAAGAUUCUCACCGGUUCAGUCACCCCUUCAACCUCCAUCUCUGUCUACAGAAACAUACAAACUGUUGCUGUUCUCAGCAAGUCAUGCAAUGUGCAAGCUUGGAUGUUAGUGCGAACUCUGUGUAAAGCAGAGUGUUGUGUUUAUCUUGCGUCUUCCUGCAGGAUGUAUGUGAACUAGACAGAUAUGACCAAUAAUGACAUGUCACUGAAUUCAAUAUGAAACAGAGAAAUAUACGUAGAGAUACUAGGAUUAAACAUGUGCAAAAUCAGCCCAUUGAAAUAUUGAUUAAAGUUAAACCUAUAAAAGAAAAUUAAAAUUGAACCUGUUUAAAAUUUGAAUCAAAAUUCGAUGAAUUGUAAAAAAUGAAUAACGAUAGCAUUGUAUAAGAAAAAAUCAAGAUUAGACUCAUACAGAAUUUAAAACCUACUCCACCAUGCAAAAUCAAAAUCCAGCCUGUUCUGAAUUUAAAAUUAAAGUUUAAUGUGCAAAAAUGUAAAACUAAACCCUUUAAAAAGAGCUCAAAUUAAAGCAACUAUGAGGAGUUUUUACCUGGUUGUGGAAAAGACUGAAAUUGACCCAGAUUUUUCUUAAUAGCUUACAAAAUCUAUUCAAACUGUCAGAAACAAAAUCAAAUAAUUUCAUAUUGUAAUGUUUAAUGCCUGAAACUGCUGUUAGGGGUUCAGUGUCGUGUCAGACCACUGACUGCUGGAUAUAGAAAAGAGUAUUGUUUUGUAUUUUCAGUAGAAAAUAUUCACAAUGAAUGACUCAAAAAGGCAGGAUAAGGAUAUUGAUCAGAAAUUGAGAUCAGUUAUUCAGAGGACUCAAUCAGCAAAGGGAUGAAAUCCACAGCCUUAUCCACAGGGGGCGCCAGAAUCAACAAAACUCUAAAGUUCCUCAUUGCAUAUUAAGACCUGUUCAGAGCUUGAAACUUAAACCGAUGAAAAAUUAAAACUUUGAAGAACGAAGCACAAAAAUUAAAACGAAGGGAGUGAGAAUCAGUGAAAAUUUACCCUUUACGAUAUGAAGUUUGACUUUCACAGAUUAUCUAUUUUACACUGCAUGAUUGUAGUAGCCUAUAGUCGACACAAAAUGUAAAUGAAUGUUGAAACCCUGUUAUUUCAAAUGUACAGAAAAGGAGAUUUCAUCUUCAACCUUUAACUUGUGCAAAAUCAGAAUCAAACCAGGCAGAGAUAUAAAAUGAAAUAGUUCACAGCAACACUGAUCUGCCUGAGGCACUUAUGAUCACCAUCUGUCCUUAUUGUGAUAUUUUAUGAUGAAAGUAAUCAUGAGGUGAAGAUCUGAUAUCAUCCCUAACAGUACCUAACAUGGCCUCCUGUGUGCCACAGGUGUGGGCGUGGAAGGAGAACGUGUGGGAGAAGGAGAAAGGGACGCUGCUGGAGAGGUACACAGUGGAGCAGAGCAAACCGGCAGCCGAGGGCGGCGGCGUCCUCUCCACGCUCACCAUCAACAACGUGAUGGAGUCAGACUUCAUGUCAACCUACAACUGCACAGCCUGGAACUCCUUCGGCCCGGGGACCAUGAUCAUCUCACUGGAGGAGACUGGUGUGUUUCAUAAUUCAACACUGAAAGACGGGAUAAACCAACAUGAUGUUAGGAACCAGCGAACGAGUUAGGAAUGUCACGAACAUUGUGACUUUGACGUAAUUCAGGCUGAUAAAGACAUAUUUUUGACGCUGAAGCCUUAAUUAUGCAGCUGUGUAUCUGGCAUCCCUCUGAGCCUCUCUCUUUCUCUCUCUCACCCACUUCAGAGGAAGUCCCAGUGGGUAUAAUAGCUGGUGGGACGGUGGGAUCCACCAUCCUCUUAUUCAUCUUCCUGCUCAUCCUCGUUCUUAUCUUCUACAGGCAGCGCAAAGGCAGUGAGUCAUACUCUCCAUAUGCUUCACACACACACACACACACACACACACACACACACAACAGCGGCCCAAUCUGCGUGUACAGUACGAACAUUGAUGUUUUCAUAAAAGAUUUUGGUUUGAAUCCUCCUCUCUAAACCAAAGAAAAUCAAACACCUACAACUUCCCCUCCAACAUAUGGAUGUAGGUCCCCUCUGAACUUACUCCUCUGGCUCGUGAAAACACGCCGACCUCGACACGUGUGUCCAGCUGUAUUCAACCUGGCCUUGUUUUGCUUCUAGGUCGGCGCGGGGUCACUCUGGGUAAGCCUGACAUCAAGGUGGAGACGAUAAACAAGGAGACCCACAGCUUAGAGGAGGACUCCGGCAGCGUGUCCACUGCUUCGCGCAUGGUCAAGGCCAUGUACUCGGUGAGCAGCAGCGGGAUAUGUGUGCAUGGGCAGAUCACUGUUUACACAGCCUGUAGUCAUAGAAGAAACCUCAGAUUAACUCAGUAACCCCUCCCCAUGCUGCACUGUACAUUUUCAAUAAAAACAAACCAUGUUUCCCCUGUAACUGCUCCUUUAACUCUUUUAACUCCAUUUUCUCUUCUCCUGUCAUACUCUGUUGCCUCCUUCCCUCUUCUGUUUUGUUACGGCACCUUUCUCUCCUCCUUUUUGUUUUGUUUUGUUGUUUGAUGGUUUAGUUUCUCCCCUCUGUGUCCUUCUCUCCUUCAAAUCAGCCCUUUAAAGAUGACAUAGAGCUCAAGUCUGACCUGCGCAGCGACACCCUGGACACACGCCAGGAGUAUGACCUAAAGGUGAGCUAACACACACACAAGAAAUACUUAUUUAUAUCAAACCAGGUGGUAGAUAGUCCUCAGAAAUCUAAGUAAGGGAGAUGUGAACGACUGUGGGAGCAAUUAGUUCAACUAUAUCCCAAUAAUGUCUCUGGGAGAAAUGGUGGAUUUUAUCAUCUACAGUCCAUAAUGUCAUAAAAACAUUCAGAUAAUCAAAAGAAAUCACUACACCACAGAGAAAAGGCAGAUAAGUGACACUGAUUGGCUGCGAUCUCGGAUCAUACUGCAUUAAAAUCGACAUAACUCUGUAGUGGAAAUCACUGCAUAAGCUCAGAUUCACCUCUAACAUCCAUUGCCUGUGAAUACGGUUUAUCCACAAAUGGAGUUUAAAACUUUAUCAGGCAAAAGGGAAGCCAUCUAUAGAAUAACUUUAUUUUAUUUUUAUUUGAUCCCCAAAGGGAAAUUCAAUGAAAAAAAAUAUAUAUAUAUGUAUUUUUUUUUCCAAAAAUUAAAAAAAAUUCCAUAGACAUGAUACAGUAACACUGAGCCCAUUAAAAAUGGACUGAGGUAAAGUGGGAAAGUGUUCUGGGGUCUGACUAAUCUAAAUCUGAUUUUUUGGGGGGAAUCAUGGACUACACAUCCUUAUUUGGAAAAAAAAUCAAAAAAUUAAUUAAAUAUAAAACCAAAAAUAUGCUAAAUAUUCACAAGGAAAAGGAAAGUCAUGUUUGGGUCUUAAAUAGGUCAUGUUAGUGCAAAGCUGUGUUUCACUUAUACCUCAAAGGGCUGCAUAUGUUUGACAUGGUGACUCUGAUGUGAAUGAUGUAACACAGGAUGAUCCUGGAUGUACCUACCAGGCAGAAAUGAUAAUCAGAUUUCAUACAGUUUAUCAUUUAAUGCUUCAGAAAGAGCCUUGUCCAUUUGUAUACAGUCAAAACUGACUCCCGAUUCGGAUCCAAGAUGGCAAAUGUUGUUCUGAGUCAUCUGUCAAGUCAGAUGUUUUUGAAGAAUUGAAUUAUAAGAAUAAACCAAGUAAGUCAUUUAAGCCCCUAAAGAGUGCACAGCUACAUGUAAAGCAGCCAGAGGAGGUCAAAAAAGAGGGUUUAAAUAAACAGCACUCCUGUGUGUUUCACAGUAAGAGUUUGAGCCAGGCAUAAAAAGUGACAAGAGGAAGAUUAUUUUCCAGAUAAUUUUCCAUUGAAAAGGGAGAGUCCAAAUAACAGAGGCACUCUUUAUUAUUUAUUUAUUUGCAUUACAACAUGUUUUAGGAAAAGGACAUUUGUGUCUUUGUAAUUGUGUUGUUUUGGUUUGGUGACUUGGUACAAUCUUCAGUAUCUUAUUCCCCACAUGAGUUAUUGUAGAGAUGCUGAGUUCAGUCUGAUUACCAUCCGUGGUCCCGUAGCUCAUCAAAAUUUGAACAUCCUCACUGUGAACAAAGAGAAACGCACAAGCUACUUAACAUGUGACACACAUUACAGGGAGACACCACAGAAACAUGCAUGUAACAUGCACAGCCGUGAGGAAACAGUUAAAACAAAGGCAUUGAAACAAAUGUUUAUUUUAGCGCUAUUUUCAACAUUUUCACUUUGUUCUCAAAAUGCAAAAUAAUGAUAAAAUAUGACAAACAAACAGAGGAUCGAACAGUCAAAAUGUGCUGCAUAGUGCAGUAACUCAUACCAAAAAGAAUAAGUAGAGCAAAUUCAAAUAAAAGUUAAAGUGCAGGUUGGAGUGUUCAUGCAGAUGCAGAUGGAAACAGGAAUCAAAUCAAAUCAAAUCAAAUCAAACUUUAUUUAUAAAGCGCUUUUCCAACAGAAAUGUGACUCAAAGUGCUUUACAAGUUAAAAACAAAAACAAGAAACUAUCCCAGGUGCCCCCUUACCCCCACCCCACCCCCCACCUACACACACACACACACACACUCAUGUCAACGCACCCGCACAUACAUACAGAAAGAGAACGGGCAUGAGGCUGAGUACAGAUGAACCAGAUGAGAAGGCACCAUCAGAGGAGCUGUCAGCACCAGGAGCAGAGAGCCGCCCACAGCUGCAGGACACCGACACAGGGCCAGCGGAGGGAUGUGUCAGACAGCAAUCUCCACCAGGAACCCCGUGGCCGGCCCCCGUGACCACAAACGGCCACUGCUCCCGGUGCCGAGGGCUCCCUCAGAGGAAACACUGGGGGUCCUAAAAAUGAUAAAAGGAUAAAAAGUAAAAACCAAAAUAUGAAUAAAACACAGACCUAAGAUCAACCAAGGCUAACAAUAAUAAAUGAAGAUAAAACAAAUAAACAUCAAUUAAAAGCUAAGCUAAAAAGGUGGGUCUUGAGUCUGCUCUUAAAAACAUGAACGUUCUCUGCGGCCCUGAGGUCCUCUGGAAGGCUGUUCCAUAGAUGAGGGCCGUAAUAUUGAAAAGACGCCUCGCCAUGAGUAUGUGUCCUGACUUUUGGAAUGACUAGGAGCCUGCUGCCAGAGGAGCGCAGGGUCUGUGAAGGUUUCAUAGGAUAAAAGCAGUUCUGAAAGAUAAGAAGGCCCAAGACCAAUAAGACAUUUAAAAACAAGUAAAAGAACCCUAAAAUCGAUCCUAAAACACACGGGGGAGCCAAUGCAGUGAUUCUGAAACCGGUGUAAUGUGGGCCCGCCUCCUGGUCUUAGUCAGGACACGUGCUGCUGAAUUUUGUAAUAAUUGUAGGCCUGAAAUAUUCUUUUUGGGAAGACCAGAAAGCAGGGCGUUACAGUAGUCUAUACGACUGGUGUUAAAAGCAUGCAUUAGCGUCUCCAUAUUGGCCUGAGAGAGAAUGGGGCGGACUCUGACGAUGUUCUUUAGGUGAUAAAAACCUAUUUUUGUUAUGUUCUUAAUGUGUGGACUAAAAGUCAGCUCAGAGUCAAAAAUGACGCCCAGUUUUCUCACUUGUGGUGAUGGAUUAAAAGAUAGUGCUUGUAGUUUGGGUAAAAGUUUCUCUCUCUGGGCCUCAGGACCGAUGACUAAAACCUCAGUUUUGUCCUGGUUAAGCUGGAGAAAGUUUUCUGCCAUCCAGGAUUUGAUAUCUAGAAUGCAGUUAAAAAUAGCAUCCAUUGGCCUGGUGUCAUCAGGAGACACAGAGAUGUAGAGCUGCGUAUCAUCUGCAUAGCUGUGGAAGUUGAUUCCAUGUCUCCUGAUGACACCGCCAAGAGGGAGCAUGUACAGGUUAAAAAGCACAGGGCCUGAAAUCGAACCCUGGGGUACACCACAUGUGAUUUUAUGGACUUUGGAGGAGCACGUGUCUACACUUACCAUGAAUGUCCUGUCUGUCAGGAAAGUAUUAAUCCUAUUUUUAAUAAUACUCUAAACUAACUUUUAAAGGUAGUUUAAAAGGCAGAGUGGUGACUAAAUGCUGCUUCACCAUGUAUAGUUAGUCCUCUGGGCAACCUAACUGAAGAAAUAGGUUUUAUGUAAGUCAGGAGACUCCAUCAUGAUAUCCUCGGCUUUGAUGGUUGCAAUUUGUGUUGGUUUAAGAACAAGCUACGAACAAUCUUUGUUGGUUUUAUGAUCAAAAAUUCAUAAACAUAAAAGAGUGUAUCACAAAAUAAGAUAGAUAUGGUUAAAAAUCAGAGAAAAAUCUUUGCAAAAAAAGGGCGCAUCUCUUUAGUUCAUCAAAAUAAGCAGUGAAGAGGACUGUCAAUCAAAGACUUAAAGGUCUCUGUAAUCCUCACCUCUGCAGUCAGUGUUAUCUUCACAACCAACAGAGCUAAUGUUUAUUUCACUGUUGCUAGACAGCGAGCAUGACAUAUUAGUUCUGACUAACAAAUAUGACUACAGUCCAGUACAACAAUUCCCCCGCUGCAGCAGUACAAACUGCUCUCUCAGUGCAGCUGUCUCAGGCCUCAAGAGUUUAUAGACCUCUAUCUGUCCUCUAGUGUUAGGUGUGUGUUGAUGCAUUUUUAGCAUCAGCUGCAUUUUGGGCAAAAACACUCCAGUUCAGCGUCAAUGUGCUCUACUUAUGCACUGAUUUUCACCUUUAGAGCUAGCGUCAGUGUUGCACUCAAUAUCCGUGGGAAUUCAAGAGUGUUACAGGGUGUUACAAAGAUAAACAGAGCUUGAUUUUCUUUCAUUUCAGCUGCUCUUUUGGUCUCCUCUGCCCUUCAUUCUCAAUCCAACUGUUAGGCAACUUGCUUCUCCGAUUACAUCCAAAGUUGGCUCACUCAUCACAGAGAUUUGUUACAACAAAGAGAGAAAAAAAACAGCUGAACUGGAAAGAAAUUUUAAACAAAUACAGCACGUUUAGGCGCACUUUGCCCAUUCAGCCGACAUGAAUCAUUUAUACAUUUUGAUACCGUGGGGCUGGGCUUAGGUGGUGAAUGUAUUUUCACGCGUAAAGCUGCCAAAAUGUUCAGCUGAAACUCCCCCCCAUGAAUAUUUUUUGAGGGCAAACACACUAGGCCUCUAGCUGGAGUGCUGCCUUGGAUCACUUUGAAGAAAUGCAGACAUGAAUCCACCCCAGGAGGUGGUUAGAUCACCCCGACAACAGCCUCAGCCAGACUUUUUUUCCCCUCUCUCUCUCCCCGCUGCCUUGAGCACCAAAGCAGUGGUACAGAGUCAGAGCUGGGCCGGGGCAAACGGCAGAAGCAUGUCAAAAAUGAUAGUAGUGUAUUCAGCAGGGGGUGAGGUGAACAGUAAGACCAUCCUUUUUCACCCAGACAAUCUGGGAUCAUCGCUGCAUGUUGGUGCGGAUCCACCCUGCUGGAGAGGCCAGGAGUUUAACAGAGAUGCUCAGACUCAUGAAUGCCAAAAUGACCAAAUUAGAAUUCAGAUUUUUCCUGUUCACGGUGUUAAGAAAAUAAAGCUUAACAUCCACCAAAAAUACUGCAAUAUUUAUAAACAAGUUUUGAAUAUGUGGCAUGCGCACACUCAGGAAACAUUGAUUUAGAAUAAGGUGUGAUUAAAGCUCCUGUGGGGAGUUUUUAACUGGUAAAUGAAUAAGAAUAAAAUUGAUACUUGGGUCUCUUUAGCAAACUAGGCUGAACGUCUGAAACCCGUGCCUCAGGGUGGGUGAUGUAGUGAUUAGUGAUAGAUUCAUGACUGAGUGAAGUCCUUAACCCACAGGAUCCAUGUUGAGCAGGUUCCGUAAGCUUUGCGUCUCUGCUCCGUCUUGCAGCGCUGUCGAUUGCCCACAUGAUGCGUAUUUGGAGCGUAGCAGCAGCGUAGUGCAGCCCCGGUCAGCUGAACUCAGUGUAGAGGGAACAACAUGCUCACAACAGGUUGUUUCUCCUUUCGGUGGUCUAUUUCCUGCUAAUUUGGAUGUAAUUCAGUGACUGUUGAGCCUCUACUUUAUGUGAAAAAGCAAUGUGAUUGUAAAGUUUCGGUUUUUGCAGGUUUACUUGUGUUUAAUAAAGUAAACUAUGUUCCUUUAUGCUGUGCUAUUUUGACAUUUACCUUCAGACAGAGUUAGCAGUUCAAAGUCCUGUUGGGGUCCACAUGGAUCAGGGAUUGACCAUCAGAUUGUUCUGUGUUCCUGAUAAAUCCAUAACCAGGAAGAAUUUCUCAUCUACACGAGAUGACAAACUGUCAGAUAUCAGCAUGAGGUGUUUUAUUAAGAAAUUUACCGGAUGACAUGCAUGUUUUCUGUGCUCUGCAUCCUAUCUAGGACAAUCACAUAUACACAAUAGAUAGGGAUUAUUUGGGGUUUUGUCUGUUUCAUAUUUAACAUUUUCAAAUCUUUUCAAAGUGACAUUGAUUUCAAAGUGUGCUGGGACAUUUCUUACUUCCUGCUGUCAUAACUGAUUGUUUUUUCUCAUGUUUGUGAGUGAUUAUGACAGGACGCUCUUUGUUUGGGGCUGUUCAUCUGUCCCUCUGUCCUUCAGCUUUAGACCUGUCUGUACUUUUAUUUUAGGAACGGCACGACUAUGAAAUGGGAACAGAUGUUCACUUUGACCUAUGAGUGUUCAGUGUUUUUAGGCCAUACUUUAUAGAUGUACACUCUCAUCACAAACAGUUGAACAAAAAUUCAUAACAAGAUAGGGUUAAGCGAGUACACAGGGGCAUGCUUUCCCACAAGGUCAAGGGUCAAUCUCACUGUGGCAAAUGGAAGUCCUGGAAAAAAAAACAUGCUUUGGGUCAUGUAACCCUAAUAUUGUUGCACCAGUUUCAUACGAUUAUUGAUGAUUGAUGGAUUAAUUGGUUGAUUGAUGGAUUGAUUGAUUGAUUGACAUUUAUUUUGAACAUACAAAAAAAUAAUAAUAAAAGGUAGGUAAUACAACAACAAAAAAUAAAAAGUUAUCCAUGUUCAAAAAAGAGUGGAAAGAAGUCAUGCAGGGGUGUGAUCAAAGGUUGGCUAAUGGUGCCAUGGAUCCUCCUCGACAUCUGAUUAGCUACUCCUAACACCCUAAAUUUGAUAACUGUGCACCAUUUUGGCCACCCCAGUCCAAAAAGUCUAGACACGGCCAUGGUUAAAGAAAAAAAAAAAAAAGUGAAAUUUGUUGUCAUUGUUUUUGUCAGUCCGAUACUAAGUGUAUGAUCUCCACCUGCUUUGCCUUGUUUGACCUGUUGCCUUUAAGUUCUGUUGAUCUUAUCGAGUGUUCCCAUGAGGAGGAUCUGCUCAGUCAGUCAUACUCUGUUAAUGAGCUGGUGCAGCCUGCAGACUCAUUUAUUCAUUACUUUGAGUUUCUGGUUGAUUUAUUCUUUUAAGUAUUUUAAACAUACAAAUAUAUUCCCCUUCUCUCUGUCUUAGCCACAGCUCCGCUGUCAUUUUGCAGAAACCCUGAUUAAUGUAAAAUACAACUUGGCUUGUAGGCGGGGGUGUAAAAAUCUGCGAUGUGGUAAUUCUAGUUGAGGACUUGUUUUCUCUCCAUACAUCAAUUUGCAUACAUUUCUGAAAUGGGGCUCUGAUCCCAAGCAGCUGAGUCACAAAGAAGACUGUAAACUGCCCUCACAGCACAAUCUUAAUGAGUCUGGGCCUGGAUGCUGACCAUAUAGACACAGUUUACCCUGACCUUGUGCAACAAAGAGAGUUUCUCUUUGGGGAUCAGGAAGAAGCAUAACAUUGUUCUCACAGAGCCUUUUACCUUUACAGUCUAUACUCUGGGACAAAUUCAACUAUUUUGACAUUCACAACCAUAAUUAAAUUAGGGGCUUCAGUGCUCGAAACAGAAUGAAACGGACAGUUUUCAAAAAAAUUUAGCCUAUAUUUCAUUUGAAUAAUGCAAAGACAAAAUAUCAAAUUUGUGCUUAUUUUAAAUGUGAUACCAUCAACAUGUUGAAGAAGGUUGAGAAAGGGACAGCACCAAGAAAUGUGCAGUGCUAAAUUUAAAAGAAGACUUGGAGAAACAAUGGUGUAAAGCUGCAAAAGGUUGGUCAUGUGACUGGGUAAGAAAAAGCACUUCCAGAGAGACCGAAGUCAUUCAAAAGUAAAGAUAGGAUUACCGAUCUGUGAGAGACUAGGUAAGGAAAUAAUGUUCCUGAGCAUGAAAAUGCAUAGAGUUUGAGGAUUUUAUCAACCACAAUUUACAGUAUUAAUGUGCUGCCUUUAAAACAGACAUCACUCUGGAGUUGAAAUCACUGAUAGGGGCUUAAAAUCCCAUAUAAAUGUCAAUAUAGUUCAUCACUGCAUCACUUAAAAUUGUACCAUAAACAUAAAGAACCAUGAAGAAACACAAUCAAGAAAUACCAGCAGCUUAUCUAAGACACUCUUUUUGGAAAUCAUGGAUGGACCAUCUGGCUAGCAUCUUAGUAUGAGGAUGGAUAACUCCCUAUUGCAUGGGUAGCUUUCACGUCUGUGAAGGCACCACUCAUGCUUAACAAUAUUCAGUGUACAGGUUUUUGAGUAGCAUGUACUGUUGUCCAGACAGCAAGAUGAUGCCGAACUACACUUAGCACUAGUGACAACAGCAUGGCUCCGUAGUAGAUAAGUCUAGGUGCUAAACUAGACUUUCUGCAGUCCUGAUCUUUCGCCUAUGAAACCAUUUGGUGCAUUAUCAAACAGAGAUUACACUAAAGGAGCCCCCGAACUGUCAAGACACUAAAAUCCUGUAUCAAGUAAGGAUGAAAGAAUAUGUCACUCUUAAAAACAGAAACUGGUUCUCUCAAUUCCCAAAGAGGUACAAAGAACUCUUAAAAGAGGAGCUGAUGCAAGGCAACGGUAAACAUGCCUCUAACCCAGCUGAUCUGAAACGUUGAAUUCGAUAAAAGAAUCAACUCUAUUUUGUGUAAACAAUCCAGUUUGUCAGUUUCAACUUAUUAAAUGUAGUGUAUUAAAUAUUUCUUCAACAUCCAGACUCUUACAAUGCUGGGUUUUUUCCAAAACUCAUGCUUACCUUGUGUUUUUGUGUCUUUUUGUUAUUCUCCACAGGAUCCCACUAAUGGCUACUACAACGUGCGAGCCUCCACCCAUGAUGAAGGCCGCCCCGCUUCCCGCUCUACCAUGCACUACUCCGACUACCGCUCCCCCACAGGAACACCAGGGGGAGCUGCAUCCAUCAGCAGCAGUGCCGGAGGCUCAGGGGCCACUGCCAGCGGUGGAGCCCCCGGUCCCCCUGGCCCCCUCACUUCCCCUGGCCGUCCCCAGCCCUGCUACGACCCUCGACCUCCCUCUAGACUUUCCCACAUCAGUUAUGCCCAGUUCAACACCUUCACUCGUGGAGGGCAAAGCCAGCAACCCCCAGCUAACCCCGCCCCUGUGGCUGGGGACUUCCCAGGGGACUGCAGCCUCUUGGACUCCACUUCCCAGCUGGCCUAUGACAACUAUGGAUACCCCUCACAUUACCCGACCUACCGCAUGGGUUUUGCCCCAUCCAGCCUUGCCCCACUGGAGGCUGGCCCAUCCUAUGAAAUGUACGGGGUGGGAUCUGGGGUAGGGGGCCCAGGGGUCAGCGUAAGUCCAGGGGGUCCUGCUCCCCCUGGAUCAGAGACUGGACUAGGGAAGUACGGCAGCUCCACUCGCUUCUCCUACACCUCACAACACUCUGACUACUCCCACAGCCGACACACACAGAGGAUGCAGACUCACGUGUGAGACGGAGAGACGCAAAAAACACCUCACAGUCUUAGCAGAGCAUGAGGACGCAUCUUAUAAAUAGUGUUACACUUAAAAAAACACACACACAAUCAUAGAGUUACACGCACACAUUUUCAGACCAACACGCCCUACAGAACACACACACAAAAAAAAAAACAUCACACAUGCACGGAGUCAGAAGACCAUGCCCAUGAGACAGGGAGGGUGUGAGAAACAGAGGAAAAAAGGGAGAAGGAGACGAAAGAUUGAGUUUUAGUGAGACAGGGAAGGGAAAUUCCACACAAUUUUGAUUUCCCUAACUCCCAAUGUGUUUGUAUAUCUGAGCUCUGAAAGAGCAGACGGCGCAAGUCACAAUCAAGCCUGAAAGAGAGAGGGAGCACCAGAGAGAGGACGAGAGAUCAAAGAUCUUUGGAGCCCGAUAGCUUUUGCUACGAACAGACUUUGUAAAUGAUGAGCAAGAACGUCUUAAGGCAAAACUGACUGACUGUUUCAAAUGGUACACACCAAUCUGGAGAAACCUCAACCAGUGGAAGUCAUUUCUGGCCGCCAUUUUUUUACUUUAUUUGCUGGUUGUCUAUCCAUGAUCAUAGAGCACAUAUAUAUAGUUCCCAUAAUGCCCCUCUGUACAUUUGUACGUGCCAUCAUGCCUGUCAGGUGGCGUGAGAAUGGGGUGUGUGUGAACUGGGGUGGGGUUUGGAGGGUUGUCAUCAUUUUGCACUUCAUCUACAGUAUUCAUGCUUAGACGUCCCUUAUCUAUAUCUGUGUAAUGUCUUCUUUUUAUUUGCACACUUGACUAGAGCUUUGUAUUCUAUUUUUUAACAUUACAGAAUUAUUUUUGUCAAUGUAAAACAUGUAAAUGUGUAUGUAUGGACCAAAAGUUUGAACGUGAGCGCACAUCACUUGGGACUGCCUGGGUGAUUCCUCUGAGACAGGGUGAAGAGUUGUGCCAACAGACGAUCCUGAAAUCAGGGUUGAUUCCCAUCUGAAGGGUAUAUCAGUGUAUAAAAGAAAACCUAGUGCCAAGUGUUCAUGUUGUCCUCCACCUUAGAUCAUGUAUAUGCAGUAGAAGCUCCUUCUAUUGGUGACUGUUGCUUUACAAACCAGGCUUAGGGGCCUUGAGUCAUUCCCAGACAUUUUCGUCAGCCGGAGCCUUUUUCUCUGAGCUCUUAACUACACGCCUGGUGCAGACAGAGAGAAAAACACAGAUGUUGGGUUUAGAACUGAGUGGCCUUAUAGGGGAACAUGUCGUACAUUUCCAUUUUGAAUCAUUCCUCAUCGUCUGUCUGCCAAAAACGGCCGGAGGAGAAUGUGUAUGGAGAGGUUCAAUGAAGGCUUGUCCACAAUAUUGACAUGUAGUAGUGUAUGACUGCGAGUGUGUGUGUGGGUGUGCGAGUGUGUGUGAGUGAGAGAGUUCAAGAGGGAGUGUGUGGGCGUAGGCGCGCACAUCGAUUUGUACAGUGUGUUUGUAUAGAUGUGUGAAUGGCUGCGUGUGUAUGGGAGGCAUACUGUUAACACACAGUGGCUGACUCAACUGUGUGGCUACUGUAUGCAUCGAUGGGUAAACAGUGUGUGUGUGUGUGUGUGCAUGUCUGUGUCAAAGUGUGCGGGUGUGUGUUUCAGUAUAUGUCCAUAUCAUUUCUCUCACAAUCCUGUUACAGUACUUUUAUACCUCUGGUAGGACUGUAUCCUGUAUUAUUGUGUCUUUGAAUUUAGGAAAAUCCAAUGUUUAUCUUAUUGUACUGUUCUUCGUAGCAGAGAAAACUGUUCAAAAGAUGUACAACGAACAUUAUCAAACUCUCAUUUUUUAAUUUCAUUAUCUUCAAUAUUUUUUAAAAAUGGUAUGUAAUUAUUUUUCCACAGUAUUACAUAAAUAAAAGCACUGUUUUUUAUAAGAAA